AUGGCGAACAAACAGGCAAAGAAAGAGUCUCGAAGCAGAACCCCAACGGGUAACCCAUAUAUUGUGUAAAUGAAGAAUAUGUUGUAUUACUGUAACAAAACUCAGCAAUUUCAGAGUGAAGUGCCGCCUGUACACUUAGACGGCGUUCUAGAACGGCACUUUGUAACCAGAGAAGCUUUACCUCUGUGUUCUGCUGAUUAAUAUUCGAAUAGAAUCUUUACCCUAUGUGUUCUGCUGAUUAAUAUUCGAAUGGAAUCUUUACCCUCUGUGUUCUGCUGAUUGAUAUUCGAAUAGAAUCUUUACCCUCUGUGUUCUGCUGAUUAAUAUUCGAAUAGAAUCUUUACCCUCUGUGUUCUGCUGAUUAAUAUUCGAAUAGAAUCUUUUACCCUCUGUGUUCUGCUGAUUAAUAUUCGAAUAACCCUCUAUACUUGUACUUCUCUUUACCCCUGCUGCGUAAAAAAAUCAUAUAAUACUUUAUAUAUCGAGAUGCCAUAAACUUAUAUGAUCAUACACCAAUACAGUGGAUUUAGCACGUAUGCAAUGUACAUUCAGUGGAUAAUAUAUAUAUAUAUAUAUAUAUAUAUUUCUUUAUUUUUGUAGUGAAGUGAUACAAAAUAUGGGUAACAACAUAGUGUGAGGAUUCCAAAUACAGCAUGUCAAUAAACAAUGCCAUGGAAUCAGAGAAGAAUAUAGACAAAUGUGUUGGGUGAAGUUACCAGAUGGUGUAUACCCAUCACAGCACUGUGUGUUGUUUUUAGUUUUUAUUUAAUCAAUAAACAUAGAUAUAUUUUAAUUGGCGUAUGGUCCCUAAAUGAAAAUGAAAUGUACCUGACAAGCUUUUAUUAAUUAUUUAUUUUUAAAUAAAUAUGUUUUACUGGAAUUACUUUUAUCCCUUCAGUGCAAAUGAUGCUGAGUAAAAUAGUUCUGACAAGGAAACUGUACAUUUAACCUGAUAUAGUCAGCAUUACGUGAGUUCAAACAGUCCUGCUACUGUUACCUAAAGUCAAAAGGAAUAAUAAUGUAUUAUAUCUAGUGAAAAAGCAAAGUAUGUUUAUCUAUUCUUUAGUUUCACAGUAAACAUUAAAAAAAAUAAAACUCAAAUUACAUAGAUUGGCACAGUUCAUAUUUAACCACAGGGGUGUGAUUUGUAAUUUCACAUAUAACAAUUUAUGCCAAAACGUGAUGAGAAUUCUGUUUAUAGUUACUAUAUCUCUCGCCAGGGGAGGGCUGGCAGCCUUAUGCCUGGGGGGCAAAUCCAGUCAAGUGGCCCAUUGCACCCCUGAAUCAGCUCACCAUCCAUGCCCACCUUUUCCUGGUUUUAUAAUGGAUAUUGAUGUUAUGCUAAUCAGUAGCUCUUUUGCCAUACCCACUCCUUUGCAACUCAGACUUUCAAUGUUGUUAGAGCGCAGGCUGAGAAUCUCUGAGCCUGUGCUCUGACUCACUGAGCACCGGAACCACAAGGGAGAGGAUAUGAUCUAAGACAACUACUGCUGGUGCGCACCAAUGGACCACCAGGGAAUCGUUUAAAUUAAAUAUGCUGGUGUCCCAAACUUGUGAGCUGUGUUGGCCUCUGUUGUCAUGGCACCCUACGUGACCCCACAGCUUGCACACCUCAAAGGCUGGCCCUGCUGACAGACACACUGGUACUCACUCUCAAUAUCACACACGCACAAACCCUGAAAGACAAACACUCACUGACCGGCAGACACAUACACACACACUGACAGGCAGACACACAUUCACUGACCGACACUUACUUGACAGACACACUCGCUGACACACACACUUACUGACAGAUACCAGUGCCAUAUUAACAACAUUAUGAGCCCCCGGGCAAAGCAGUGCACUGAGGCCCUGCCUACACAACUUACAGGAAUAAAAAUGUAAAUUAUAGAUACAACGAAGAUUAUAUUUAUAAGUACCUCCAACAAAUGCAAUGCAUACAUACAAUACAUACACAUAGACUACUGAAUACAGUCACACACCGACUGCUGAAUACAUACACGCAUACAGACUGAUGAAUAGACACACACACACAGACACACAGACUGCUGACUAUACACACACACAGACUGCUGAGUACACACACACAGACUGCUAAGUACACAUAGAGAGUGCUGAAUACAUACACACAGUCCGCUGAAUACAAACACACACAAACAUACACACAGACGGCUGGAUACAUACACAGUUCGCUGAACACACACACAGACUGCUGAACAUACAGACUGCUGUAUGUGUUUGUGUGUAUGGGUGCGGUGUGAGUGUAGGGUGCUGUGUGUGUGUGGAGUGCUAUAUGUGUGCUGGGUACUGUGUGUUUGAGGGGUGCAGGUAGCAAAUGUGUGUGUUUUUUUUUUUUUUUAAUACUACUAUACAUUAAAUACAAUCUAUAUGUCCCCCCCCCACCCUUCUUCUUACCUUUGGUGAAAGAGGCUGGGACACAGCCAGUCCUGGUUGUCCAGUUGUGAAUUCUGUACAGCCUGCCGCUUGUCUGGGUGCAGGCUGUCUCCUGUCCUCCUGCGCGCAGAAUGCUGUGUGGAGCAUUGCCAUGCCUCUCCUGCAGCCCUGGGUCCUAGCUACCUCUCUCCCCGAUCGAAGGGAGAUCUCCCUUACCGGCCCAAGGGGGCCCACGGCCAGAAAACAAGGUCACCUCUCCAUUGGCCGGCCGGGGAGAUCAAAAGAUCUCCCCUGUCGGCCGGGCAUGUGCUGGGCAGCGUGGUAGGGCCCCCAUGCCUGUGGGGCCCACGGGCAACUGCCCAACGUGCCCACACGGAAAGACGGCCCUGACAGACACACACACAAAUACUUCCAGACACACACACUUCCAGACACACUCACCGACAGACACAUACACACACACUUACUUUCAGACACACACACUUUCAACACACACACUCACUUCCAGACACAUACGAACACACUUCCAGACACACAUGCACAUACUUACUGACAGACAGAUACACACACACACACACACUUACUGACAGACACACACUCACACUUCCAGACACACACACUCACACUUCCAGACACACACACGCACACACACUUACUUUCAGACACACACUCACAAAUUAAUUUUAUUUCUUGUAACUCCUACCUUUAGGAGUCCUCUUCCUGGGGUCCAGUGUCUUCCAUGAUCUUCCUGCUCCUCCCUGCUCCCUCGCGCAGUUUAGUGAUGCGGGGCCGGAAUGACAUCAUAUUCCGGCUCCCGGCAUCACCAUAGAGGGCGCACGAGGGAGCAGGAAGAUCAUCAGCACAGGCAGUGCUCCCUCGCCCCGCCUGCCUCCUUCCUUACGCGGCCGGUAUAUUCCUGCAGAGUAGGCACCUGCCAUCUGGGACUUGCUACCGGGGCGAACUAGGUGGCCAGCUGGCCACCUGCUGGGCUCCCUGCGACAGGCCAUGGGCCUGCUCCACGCGGCACCCCCUCCUCCUGGUGCCCAGGACCGCCCUGCAGCUGCCAUUUUUCAAAUGACUUAGGGCGGCCUGGGGGGCAAUUGCCUACCUGCCCAGCCCAGCCCGCCCCUGUCUCUCGCUUCUGAAAAUUCAUUUUGAACAUGCAUGCAUUUUUUUAUUCGGUUUUUAUCUUAAAAUAGUUUGCAAAAGCUGCAUAGCUCUUGACUGAAGUCAUUGCAAGCCCUCCCAUUCUUUCCCAGCCCCGACUUUCUGUGACUGUUCAGUUACAGACUGAAUAAGACGUCUUUGCAAGAUAGGUGCUCGGAGCUAUUGCGUGCCUUUUGAACUUCUCUCUAGCUGAAACACUGCACAUACAUACUCCUACCACAAUAACCACUUGAAAUUACUGAUGUUGUCAAGGUGGUUGGAGUAACCCUUUAAUUUAUAAAAGUGCCAAUUUCUGUUGAAAUCUGCACUUUUUGUACAAUAAGUAAACUGAAGUGCUUUAGGAGUGCAGAGUAUCCCUUUACAUAAUUAACUCAUUUUAUUAAUUACAAUUUGAGGGACCUGCCUGACAACCCAUGCAGAAAGUCCAGGGAAUUUGGUUCGCAAGUCCUAUAUACAUAUUUUUUUUUUGUAAUUCUUUAUUUUUGAUGUGCAGUGAGAUAUCAUAAACAUUCAAAGUAAUAAGUCACAUAGAAAGUUAUUCAGCAAACAGUACAAGGAAACUGCUAUUUUUUUUGUUUUUUAAAUGAAAGUUAUGACGAGUGAUUCAAUGCAUAGAGAUUGCCAAAGAUAAAAGUAUUAGAUAAGGAUAUAUGCAGUGGAUGUUUAGACAGGCAAUAGUAUUUUUGCACAGGCUAGUUAAACUGAUUGAGAGCGUGGUUGUACACCCAGGAGGACCCUACAAUUAGGAAGCCAGACCACAAGCAAGCAGGGCAUUAGAUGGAGGGAGAUAAAUUAACAGAAUAGGUACAUGUAGGUAGCUUAAAACAUAAGUAAAAUGAACAAGUGACAGGGAAGCUGGUGCGCUGCCAUCAGGGAUUUCCAUUUCACAUCAACCUAUACCCCUCUGGAGUAGGCCGCAGCAGAGCUUUGAUAAAGUGCUGGCCAGAUGAAAGGUCCCAUUCUGCGAGCUGUGUAGCAAGCUGUAGAGGUAUACGAGUGGGCUGGGUGGCUGUUUUAUUUGCCCCUCUGAUUUAGUAGAGUGGUGUCUGCAUGUUGUGUGGUUGCGCCAACUGUUCGCUACUCUGACACGCAAUCGGCGUCUCCUCUUUGUACGGUCCUGACGCAGUGAGCUCCCCUUCCGCUUCGAUGUAGAUGAGGGACCUUUGGGCUGGGUAGUUGGUGCAGCGGAGGCCGUGAUUUGCAUGCGUGCCGAUAGCUUUUCCCAAAAGGCAUCAAAAGUCAUCUUUAGUUCAUCGAGCACGUCCCACUGGAGUCGGAUGAGCCCGCGGCAUCUGCCAUGAUGUCUGGUUAUGCGUUGGUGCCGCCUGUACUCAGUUUUCAAGGGACCCUCCAAGGUGUGGACCAGGAUUACCCCCGCUGGUCAAAAGGGGGGGGGGGAGAGGGGAAACUAGCAGGAGAUCGGCCGCCACGCCCUUCCUCGAUGCACACUAGGCCGCAAAAUGCUCAGAGCCACCCCGAAGACCGUGCUGACCAUGGACAAUGGUCACUGGUAGGUGAGUCAAACCUCAGCUAGGGUGGCUUUUGUGUUGCUUUAUUUUGCUUUAGGUUCCAGUGGGUCUUGGUUUUGCCCGUAGUGGCCCGGAGCUCUCAAGACACACGUCCUGCAGGCAUGGCAGUCAGGCCCUGCCCCCGCAUGCACUAUAUUUAACCAUGUAACUUUCCAAGACACCAUAAAACCUGUACAUGGGGGUACUAUUUUACUCAGGAGACUUCGCUAAACACAAAAAUUAGUGUUUCAAAACAGUAAAACGUACAAAAAGUGCAAUUUUUUGCAUUUUUCACAAACAGCACUUUCACUGACAAUAUUGUUGUGAUACAUUUUACUGUUUUGAGACACUAAUAUUUGUAUUCAGCGAAGUCUCCAAGUAUAACAGUAUCCCCCAUGUACAGGUUUUAUGCUUUUUUCCAAAGUUACAGAGUCAAAUAUAUGACUUUCAUUUCAGUUUUUUUACAUUGAAAAUUGCCAGAUUGGUUAUGUUGCCUUUGAGACGGUAUGGUAGGCCAGGAAUAAGAAUUACACCCAUGAUGGCAUACCAUUUGCAGAAGUAGACAGCCCAAGGUAUUGCAAAUGAGGUAUGUCCAGUCUUUUCUAGUAGGGAUCUACUGAUUAUCGGUUUUACCGAUAUUAUCGGCCGAUAUUUAGUAUUUUCUGCAAUAUCGAUAUCGGCCAAUAGAGAUACCGAUAUUGCCGAUAAUACCUACCGGGAGCGCCGGGCCCAUUACAAGCCCGGCGGUCCUGGGGGGGGCGGCAGCAAGCUGUGACUUACCUCCUAGCAGCUCCCAUGUCAAAUCUCGCGAGUUCCGCGGCCGCAGAUCAUUGCCACAGGUUACCAUAGCAAGGCUCUGUGCAGCAUGCAGACCGCGAGAUUUACACAGGGAGCUGAAGGGAGCUGCUUCAAAGGUAAGUCACAGCUUGCUGCCGGACCCCCACUGCACAGCCUAAUGCCACUGGACCACCAGGGAAUGCCAAAGCCCCCCUCCCUGGCCAGGUAACAAGCAGGGAGGGGGGACCAAAAAAAACAAACAAAAAAAACACAUAUAAAUAUUAAAAAUAAAAUUAAAAUAAAAAAUUCCCCCCCAUUUUACACAACUUCCAUCCCUUCAGAAACACACACACUACACAAACACACUCUGCAUUAUGUACACACACUCUGCAUUAUAUACACUCCCUACACAAACACACUCUGCAUAAUAUACACACACUCUGCAUUAUAUACACUCCCUACACAAACACUCUGCAUUCAUUACAUACACACACUACACAAACACUCUGCAUUCAUUAUAUACACACACUGCAUUCACUUUACGCACACUACACACACACACUGCAUUUACUUUACGCACAUUACACACACUGCAUUCACUUUACGCACACUACACACUACAUUCACUAUACACACACACACACGCUGCAUUCACUAUAUUUACACACUACACAAACACUCACUGCAUUCACUAUACACACUACACAAACACACACUGCAUCCAAUUCACACACACAGCUCCCCUGUCUAAACACACUGCAUCCCCUACAUGUGGCAUGCAUAUUUUGUGCAUUUACCUUUAGAAAUAGUUUAUUUUUUCAAAAUGGUAAAUGUACAGAAUAUCAGCAAGUUAUCGGCUAUCGGCCUGAAAGUUCACAGAUUAUCGGUAUCGGUCGAUCCCUAUUUUCUAGUAGCCACUUAGUCACAAACACUGGCCAAAGUUAGCGUUCAGAUUAUGUUUUUGCAUUUUUCACACACAAAAAUGAAAGCUAACUUUAUAGCUCUUUGUUCAACAUUUAUACAGGUAUUCUCAGCAGGGGUCAUCAAGCGCAACAAUACAGGUAGUCCUCAUUUACGACUUACCUGCACAACAACUUCUCGGACUUACGUCCAGCUCUGUAACGCAGGGAUUCAAGGGAUUCUCCAUGUUAGAGAGCAGGUCUAUGUUCAGAGAAUUUUCCCAGAACAUAGAUUUGAGGGAUUUCCCUUGCUAGUGCGCUGGUCUAUGUUCGGGGAAAUUCCCCCGAACAUAGACCUGCUCUCUAGCACAUGCUCUCUAAUGAAUCCUCACUUACCAACCAAUUUGUUUUACGACUAGGUUGUAGGAACAGAAUUCAGUUGGUAGUGUGGAUCAUCUGUAAACAAUACAAUCUCACCCAGGCUCUUUGGUGUCUGGAACAUGAUUCGAUCAAAGGCAGGAUAAUUUAAUUACCUAUUGGACAUCAGGUCACCAUACGACAGUGUCCCUAAAACAGAGAGUUCCCCAUAUGUUAUCCCCAAGAGCUGUACAUCCCCAGAGCCCUCUGGUUUAGAAGUGCAAACUGUCCAAAAAUUGCUUGGAUCGGAGAUUGCUCCGUCAAGUCCUUUGUGGCGGUAAACUCCUCAUCUCCCUGACCUCCCCUCCAAGUAGUGCUCAGGUUGUUUAGACAGAGAUAUACCCACUUGAGGAUUCACCGGAUCGCGAUAUUCUUCUGAUCAGAUAUACAGUUCCAUGGUGUUUCUGGGUACCUAAUCUGCUGGUAUCUAUAUCUUGUUAAGAAAAACAUAAAAUUGAAAGCAACCAAACCCCCAUCCUUACCAGCCUACCCUUGUUUGCUGCAGGACCCUUGGGAAGCCACCCUCUUGUUUUCAUACCUUUUAUGCUUUCUUUGUGUAUCUGACUGUGUAUCUCUGUGUAUCUUUUAGUGUGUCUAUAUGAUUGUGUGUGUAUAUCUUUUUGAGAGAAUCUGUCUGUUCAUGUUUGAAUGCACCCCUGUAUUCAUAAGUGUGAACGAUUGAUAAAUCCAUUGUGUUGCUGCAAGAAAUAUUCAAGAAUGGUUUUACUGGAGAGACAAUGGAAAAUUUUAUUGAUUUAUUUGAAAUAUUGAAAUUGGUUAAUUCUUUAUUUAAACUUAUUGUAUUGCAGAUGAAAAUAAAGUCAGGGACCAGAAAAUCCACAAAAAACGUUGAAGGCUGCUGUAGACCACUUAAUUAACGAGAUUAGAAAAAUAUUACAAAAUAGGAAAGUUUCAUAGAAACAUAGAAUGUGACGGCAGAUAAGAACCAUUCGGCCCAUCUAGUCUGCCCAAUUUUCUAAAUACUUUCAUUAGUCCCUGGCCUUAUCUUAUAGUUAGGAUAGCCUUAUGCCUAUCCCACUCAUGCUUAAACUCCUUUACUGUGUUAACCUCUACCACUUCAGCUGGAAGGCUAUUCCAUGCAUCCACUACCCUCUCAGUAAAGUAAUACUUCCUGAUAUUAUUUUUUAAACCUUUGUCCCUCUAAUUUAAGACUAUGUCCUCUUGUUGUGGUAGUUUUUCUUCUUUUAAAUAUAGUCUCCUCCUUUACUGUGUUGAUUCCCUUUAUAUAUUUAAAUGUUUCUAUCAUAUCCCCCCUGUCUCGUCUUUCCUCCAAGCUAUACAUGUUAAGAUCCUUUAACCUUUCCUGGUAAGUUUUAUCCUGCAAUCCAUGAACCAGUUUAGUAGCCCUUCUCUGAACCCUCUCUAAGGUAUCAAUAUCCUUCUGAAGAUACGGUCUCCAGUACUGUGUACAAUACUCCAAGUGAGGUCUCACCAGUGUUCUGUACAAUGGCAUGAGCACUUCCCUCUUUCUACUGCUAAUACCUCUCCCUAUACAACCAAGCAUUCUGCUAGCAUUUCCUGCUGCUCUAUUACAUUGUCUGCCUACCUUUAAGUCAUCAGAAAUAAUCACCCCUAAAUCCCUUUCCUCAUAUGUUGAGGUUAGAAUUCUAUCAAAUAUUCUGUACUCUGCCCUUGGGUUUUUACGUCCAAGAUGCAUUAUCUUGCACUUAUCCACAUUAAAUGUCAGUUGCCACAAUUCUGACCAUUUUUCUAGUUUACCUAAAUCAUUUGUCAUUUGGCUUAUCCUUCCUGGAACAUCAACCCUGUUACAUAUCUUAGUAUCAUCAGCAAAAGACAUACCUUACCAUCAAGACCUUCUGCAAUAUCACUAAUAAAAAUAUUAAAGAGAAUGGGUCCAAGUACAGAUCCCUGAGGUACCCCACUGGUGACAAGUCCAAGCUUCGAAUAUAUUCCAUUAACUACAAUAUAUUCCAUUAACUACAACCCUGUCACUCAGCCACUGCCUUACCCAUUCAACAAUAUUUGAAUCCAAACUUAAAGAUUGCAGUUUAUUGAUAAGCCUUCUAUGUGCAACAGUGUCAAAAGCCUUACUGAAAUCAUGGCUUUCAUAUGUGUUAUUAAACUUCUCUAAAUUAGCCUUUUUGUAUAAAUUCAACUUACAUUGACAUCAUUAAUGCUUAAUAUUACCUGCUUAAUAUCAUGUAGUUUCCCCUUGUGCUGCCAGAACAGCUCUGAUCAAGAGCACUGAACAUGGUCUGUGGUGUCUAGUACCAAGGCAUCAGCAGCAGAGCCUAUAAGUCAUGCAUGUUCUGUGGUGUGGUCUCCAUGGUUUGGAAUUGUUCUUCCAGCACAUCCCAUAGAUGCUCAAUCAUAUUGAAAUCUGGGGAAUUUGGAGACCAAGGCAACACCUUGAAUUCUUUGUCAUGUCCCUUAAGCCAUUUCUGUACUAUUUUACAGUGUGGCAGGGUGCAUAAUCCUGCUGAAAGAGGCCACCACCACCAGGGAACAUCUGUAUGUAUGUGGUCUGCAACAAUCUCUAGCUAUGUGGUAUAUUUUUUUGUUUGUUUGUUUUUUAUUCUUAAUUUUUGUUGUGCCAUGUUAUACAAACAAGCUUGGCACAACAUUUCCUUGUUGAGAGAACACAUGAAAAAUGACAGUGGUAAUACAGGAGGCGCCAGAAAUGGGGAACAUUUUAUAGAAAGGACAAAUAUAAGUGUGAGUCAGGGCAGAGUAGAGAGAAAAGCAUUGUCAACUAGGUACACUGACAUCACAAGAGAGAUUACAUGAGGAGUGUACCACCAAUUAGUAGGUAUGCUGGGACCAAGAUAGUCACCCCAUUAGGGAUAGGCAAUGAAGGAGCAAACUUAGAGUAGGCUGUAAGCAGUUGCUAAAUGUGUACAGAAACAGACAAUAGUAAUAUAACAAGGGUGACAGCCUGCUAUUUUUUCUGAGCAGGUGUUUCCUUGAGUGCUGCCCAAUCAGCCUAUGCCUGUGACAGUCAGGCAGAGUCCAGACAUGUACUUGAGGGGGUUUGUGCCUCCCGAGGUGCCGUAUUCCAGCAGCCCCAGGCGGUAACAGGAACCAACUCCCAUUGUCCACAGACCGCUCUCACUGGUACUAGAGGCAGCCUUGAGAUCCCGGGCUGUGGUGUUUCAUCCGGGUAAGUAGACGGCGGACAGGUACACAGACCUUCUUGGAUCUCCGCCUGGGAGGGGGGGCGCCGAACCGGAUCUCUGGUCAGAUGUGGUACCUGGAGGGUAGGUUAUACAGAUUGCAGUCUCCGAGCCUCCAAUCCCUUCCAGAACCGCUGGCAUAUGGCAUCAAUUGCCUCCUGGAAAUCAGCUUCACAGUUUCGCGCAGCAGCCUAAUCAACAUGCGUGGCAUCAUUGUUGUCGGCGGCCAUCUUGGAGAAACCGCGUGGGAGCUCCUUACACAGAUUUCACCCAGUUGCGGAGUAAACGUGGGUACUGGCUUGAUAGGUCCGGGAUAACCCCCAAAGGCCCAGAGGGGGGGCAACACGGGGUACUGAGUAUAGGUUAGAAAGCCUGGGUAGCUCCAGAUGUAAAGAUCGGCCACUGCCCCCACCAAGGAAAUAUCAGGCCGCAGCAAGCUGGUGGUCGAGAUCACCGGGCAGCACAAGUGGUGGGACAUGUAACCCAAACCAAAGCUGUCCCGGAGGUACCAGGUAUCAGUGCCAGUGUGGGGGAAUUGGAUAGGGGGGUUGAUGUACCCCUCAAUCUCUAAAAAUACAAGCUUAGUCGCGAGCUCGAGUCAAUCACUACCUUCCAGCAUGGCGUCCAAGCCCUGUCCCCCGCUAGGUGGUAUGUUUUAAAGUGACAUCCACAUGAAUGGCAGGACCCAAGGUUUCCUAGCAGCACAUUGCCAAGAGCAUAUUACUGACUCAGCCGGCCUACAUCCAUCCCCUAGUGCAUCCUGUUGCUAUCUCUUCUUCAGGUAAAUGAUGCCGCACCCAGCCAUCCUCCAGAUCUAAAAGAAAAGUAAAAUCAUCACACACGAUAACCUUCUUUCACUGCUGCAUGGUCCAGUUCUGACACUUGCGUCCCUCGCUCCCAGCGUGCAUCAAUGACCCUUGGGUGUCCAUGACCUGGUGGCAGUUCACUGGUUGACCUUCCUUACACCACUUUUAAGAAGGUGCUAAUCACUGCAUGCUGGGAACACCCCACAAGACUUGCUAAUUGGAGAUGAUCUGACCCACUCUUCUAGCCAUAAUUAUCUGGCCCUUGCAAAGGUCACUCAAAUCUUUUUGCUGGCCAAUUUUUCCUGCUUCCUACACAUAAAAUGUAGGAACUGACUGUUCAUUUGCUGCCUAAUAUAUCCCACCCCUUGGCAGAUUCCAUUGUAAUGAUGUAAUCAAUGUUAUUCACUUCAUACUGUAUAUUAUUACAAUGCUUUUGUAUAAAGCAAUUUAAUGUUGUUAUGUUGUCUAUUUACCCGAUACAAAUACAAUCAGUGCGCUACUUCAAACGAGGUGUUGUAUUUAGGUUCUAGAUGUGUUUGUUUUUUUGUUUACUUAAAGGACCACUAUAGUGCCAGGAAAACAUACUCGUUUUCCUGGCACUAUAGUGCCCUGAGGGUGCACCCUCAGGGACCCCCUCCCGCCCGGCUCUGGAAAGGGGAAAGGGUUAAAAACUUACCUUUUUCCAGCACUGGGCGGGGAGCUCUCUGCCUCCUCUCCUCCUCCGAUCCUCCUCCUGGGCUGAAUGCGCACGCUGCAAGAGCUGCCGCGCAUUCAGCCGUCACAUAGGAAAGCAUUUAUGCUUUCCUAGACGCUUGCGUGCUCUCACUGUGAAAAUCACAGUGAGAAGCACGCAAGCGCCUCUAGUGGCUGUCAAUGAGACAGCCACUAGAGGAUUAGGGGGAAGGCUUAACCCAUUCAUAAACAUAGCAGUUUCUCUGAAACUGCUAUGUUUAUAAAAAAAAUGGGUUAACCCUAGAAGGACCUGGCACCCAGACCACUUCAUUAAGCUGAAGUGGUCUGGGUGCCUAGAGUGGUCCUUUAAAAGUGCAAUAUAAGCAAGAUAAGCACUACAGAGUCUCUGGUUUCUGCCCCCCCAGUUUUACAUUAUACUGUUUAGAAAUGCUUUGGCAUAAACCAGGGCUCUCCACGAACCUGGCCACCUCCUUUCUCAGCCACAUCGACAAUAAAGGAAUUUACACCUCUUUAUUAUUAUUGUCCAUUCUAUCCAACCUGGAUGUUAGUGACGGGUUAACAGUUCUCAGGUCAGAACUCAUGUACUUACACAUGCCCAGUACAAUGAGCCUUAGUUAUGUGGAGUAGAGUGCCCUUUAUAGAGAAAAUAAAAAAUAAGUCAGUCGUGCAGAAAACUCUUUUAACCAUAUCUCAUUUUUUAAUUUUUACAGAAGGUUCUCAAAUAGUUUGGCAACAUUCUCUGGGAGUGCGCUAUGGCACUCCUAGCACCAUAACCACAAAGAUCUCUGGGAACCUAGGUCAGUUGCCCAUUGAUGUGUCACCUUAAAAGUUCAGUGUUUUGAAGUGGUCAUGGCGAAGAGAGCCUGUAAGUGCAGUGUUUCAGUAUGAAACUUUGCACCUACAGAGAUAUUUAGGUUGUAACUCCACAUCCAGCAGCAUCAUUAGCUAUCGUUCCGUGCUGGCUAAUAUCAAUUCUGUACUUAUUUAAUUGCACAGACACUCGCAUACAUUGGCUGAGAGCGUCGGAGUGCACAGCCGAUGCUCUCAGCCAAUGUAUGCCCAGCAGGAUUGGCAUCUGCAGCUCUGCAAAAGCCGGAUAUGGGUCCCAGGUAAGAGGCAAGUUGUUGCAAAACUGUUUCCACUUUACCAGGGUACUCUUAGCAUCAUAACAAUGUCAAGUGGUUAUGAUGUUUGGAGAAACCCUCUAUAUUGAUUUUUUUUUUUUUUUCACGUGCAGGUGCAUUCAUUUUUCAAUUGUACUUUCUGUUGUCUUAUAUUAACGACAAGUUAUGUAAGGAAACUAACAGAUCACUUUGUGAGAAAAUUGAAGGGGAAUACAUGAGUACAACCAAAAAUGCACAAAAGUGGAAGAAUAAACGAUAUCUCUGUAUCAGUCAUAUGAGCUCUGUCAUUUACACCUGACAGUCGGGAUAGUGAAGGCAUACAGAGAAGAGGAAAAAUUUAUAUUUCUAUUUUUCUCCUCAUUUAAAUAGUGUCCCCUGGCUAAGUCUGAACUUAACUGGUUUGUGGCAACCCUAGUCACAAUAACCAACAGUUAGUCUCUAUGGUAUUCCUUGCUUCUAUGCAUGGAGUGAAGCAGGAAAGACCAUAGAGACUAACUGUCAGUUUUCAAAUACCGCCUGACCCAAGGUCUAUGUAUAUGGCCGAACGAUCAUGUCCCAUACUAAACGUAGAGGUAAGUUUCUCCAAUUGUUUUUUUGUUUGUUUUUUUUUUUUACAUAUACUUCAUUUAAAAAAAACAAACCAAAAAAAAAUAUUUCCUUUCAAAACUUGAUGAAUUGAUUAUUGUAUUAAAAUAGUUUUGAGGUGGCAGUUGUCUUAUAACAUGAGAAAGCAAACCUGCAACCAUAGCAACAGUGUAGGAUUCAAAUAGAUCAGCCCAGGCAAUUAUAGUCCUAGAUUGUGUAAAAAUAAUGAACCCUCUUCAGAAUUUUCCUUCUUCUCAACAGACACACUUCAUAGGAACUAUAUAAAUGGAAAAAAAAUCCCUUUUUAAAAAAUAAUAUCUAAUCUUUAUGAUUGUCUUUAAAGGAGCACUUUAACAUUAGGACUGCUAACAUGCAUUCCUAACAUUAGAUUGUCUUCUUAACUAUUUGAAUUUUUGUGUCCCCCUUCAAAAGUUAAAUAAAGCAAAUUUACUUACCAGUGUGCGUGCCUGUCUCACUAUGGCCGCUGGCCCGCCGCUCCUCUACUGGCUGAGAUCAUCAAUACAGAUCUCAGUCAAUCAAAUUCUCCCCACAGGGAAGCAUUUGCAGACAAGUGUGCAUGUUGGACAUUCAGCACCAGCUAAUCAGGAUCUCCUUACAGAGAAGCAUUGGCCCUGCAUGAAGAUGCCAAACAUCAGUACUGUGAAGAUUGCAGGACUGGACCAAGAAGUGCCUCUUGUGGUUAUCUGAGUGACAACCACUAGAGUUGCCUUUUCACUGCCUUUUGGCAUAAAACACAAACACAGUGUUUGCAUUGCUGAGACUGCAGGGACAGUCUUUUUGCACCAUAAUCACUACAUAAAACGGUGGUGGUUCUGGUGCUUUAAAUUUCUGUCUUUUAGAAAACUCUUAGUCUCCAAAACAAACUGUUAGAGGAAAUGAAGAGUGCUUCUAAUAAUGUUAGUAAAAUAAAAGACAGCAAUAGAAUCAGUAGUGGAAUUAAAAAAACAAGGGGCAAUAAUUUUUCGGUUGCCUCUACCACUCCAGACAAUUAAAGGUUUACACCAACCACCAUGACCAUUUCUGCUUUUUUAAAUGAUUAUGGUGUUAGGAAUCUAUGAGAAAGCUGUGAUUGGAUGGCACCACUGCAGGGAUCAUGUCAUUAUGGGGCGUGAAAGAUCAGCCCAGGAGCUUCAUCCGGCACUGGAUGUCAGGUAUGUUUAAAACCUUAUUACAGGGGAGGGAACCUAAUAGUAAUACCCCAUAAGGCAUAGUUAAUUGAAAGUGUUAGGGGUACCCUUUAAACUCUGGUUCCCCCAAAAUGUCCCCACUUGUCACUGUCAAAUAACUAGCUCUCUAGUCCUAAAAUCCCACAUCCCCAUGCCAGCUCACCCUCUUCCUUCCAAAUUUAGACUGCUACAUUUCCCUGACCAUUAACUGUCUCCCUACCUUAAUUAGGUUUUGCCACAUUUGCCUGACUAUGAACUCUAUUGCCAAAUUAGACUUGCCACAAAGUGGCCCAAAAUGGGAGGCCUAAAAUCUGAUGGGAACUGCUGCACCUGCAGUAGUUCUGCCCCUGAAUAGGAUAUUAUCUUAAAGUGAGUCUAUACACAUCAUAACCACUGUACUGUAGUAGUUAUGGUGGCAAGAGUAUUUGAGUGCUGACUCCGCAGUUUGUGCUGAAAUUUUUUUGAGAAAUUUGUCAUAAACUGGACCUCAGCAAAUGUGGAAGUGAACAUCCAUGAAUGCUUUCAAUGUAUCAAUGCUUUACAAAGUUGGAACCCAAGUUAUGAUUAAAGGAGAUGGGUGGAAAUCUCAGGAGCCCACUAGUUUAUGUUAACCCAAUGCCCCAUGGUCUGGACAAUUAGGGAUGGUUCCUCCCAAUUGUGUAAUCUAUAACAUUGCAGAGGGUUGAAGCAGGUGAGUAGUGGCAAGAUGCUCCGUUUCUUAGACGAAGAGUUACUUUAACCAAACAACAGUGUUUUGAGAAAACACUGUUUUUGGUGAGAGUAAUCUUUUCUAUUAAGGUCUCUCACUUGUGCGUGCUGGCGUCAGAUUCAGAUGCCAAAUUUGCACAAAGUUCAUAUUAGCCAGCCCAGAACUCUUAUUCUGGGCUACCUAAUUACACCCAAUGACCUGGCCAAAGGAUGAGUUAAACCUCCAUUAACAGAGGGGCACACUGUAUGUGCAGCAUUUCAUAGUGACAAGCUGCACAUACAGACUUGAGGUUGCAUGACCACUUCAAAUCAGUGAAAUGGCCAUGGUGCUUGGAGUUAAAAAAGACCCCCUUGCGGUACACUGGGUGUAGGAUACACAAAUGCCAUCCCACAGUUAUAUGGGGAUCACCUUCAAUUCCUUAUUCAUUUUUUUUUAAAGUAGAUUGCUAAUUGUGGCUGGGCACCCGUUUAAUUUUUGACCCCACAUCACUGCAUGGUGGGUGGAGGAGGGACCACGUUGCCAGGUCUCUCUUAGUUAGCAGGGAGUCCUCGAAACUCAUGUUAUUUUGUUAUAAUCCUGUUAUUUUUAUACAGAAUUAGGCAGAGCUAUGAUAUAAAGUCUGAAUCGCAAGGAUUAAGGUCAGGAUGUUGAACGAGAAGUAGUGCAUGAAGUGAUAGCUUCUGUUUUUUUCGAUUUAUUUUUUUUAAAUUCAUUUUUACACUGUUAGAAUUGAAACCUACGAGGGAAAUAAACCAAACUACCAAUAUUGAACAGCAGUGUAACAUAAUGUGAAUAUAGCAGAACGAAUCCAGAGCAUCCAUAGAAAUCUAAAUUAGAGCAAAUAAAUAUUUAUUAGAAUUCAUUUGUACAAAUUAAAAGCAUGUAUCAAACAGCAUGGUAAUAAAAAAAGUUUUGUUUUUCUGAGAUAGCAGCAAAGAAAGCAGAAGGUGACAAAUAAUUUUAUGUCACUUUUUUUUAAUUGUUUAUUUUUUGACCAAUUAACAUCUUCAGCUUUGUGGUGAAAAUGUAGUAUAAAUUAUAAAAUGUCUAGUUGGAGCGAGAGCACAAUUACAGUACAGAUAUUUUUGCAAAAUGGAGAAGAAAACUUUUUCAAGAAUUAGGGAUACAAAUUAUGAAAUGCUUUAUUGUUGGCUGUAUAAUGCAUAUUGUAAUGUGGCUGUGGGCUCCACUUUAUGAGGCUUAGUGGAGAUUCUGGUUUAUUGGGGGGUCCUGGUGGUCCAGUGCCUGUUCCUGAUCCCUGGUGGUCCUAUACAGUACAGCUUCCUAGAUUCCUACUGGUUCAGUGCAGCAAUCAAUCUGCCAUGGUCCGGCACUUAGUGAGUCAGAGAAUUCCAUAUGCCUGGUUUGCCUGUGCGUUUGCAGGAGACGCUUUAUAACAAUAUAAAAUAAAGCACAGAUGUUCCAGCACAGCUCUUCUGACUCUCUUAGCUAAUGAGUGGUUCUGCAUGACCCUGCUUAUAUCCGGAGAGCUAACCAGAUUCUCCUGCAGGAGAAGACUGGAAUCAGGGACUGUGGUUGUGGGAGCUCAGCUGGACCCAGGUAAGUUGUCAAAUCAUGCUAAAGUGGUUUAGCCACAUACCAUGGGAUCGCCAGGGCACUGCUGUCACAAUAACCACUACAGCAAGCUGUAUUGAUUUGGAUGAUUAAAGUGUUCCUUGAAAAAAGCAAAAAAUGACAUAAAAUGUACCUUUAUUCCAGCUUGGGACAGUGUCCCAAGCAGUUAUGAAGAAUUUUAUCCAGUCCGAUGCUUCUCUAUCACAAGAAGAGCCUUUUAAGGUUACCAUUCUGACAGCCACUAAAGGUUAGAUUUCUCAAAUAACAGUAUUGUGUGAGAAAAGGGACAGGGUAUACGAACCAAAUCCACUUCAUUAAGACGUCCCCUUUAUGUUUCGCAAAAAGAAACCUACCACGUGUUUGUGAGUGAUUUUGGUUAAAAUAUUCUGCCUAAGAUCCAGCUUUUUGAUGGACAGCACUGAGGAGUACCCUCAAAGCUGCAGUGAUUUUUGUAAAUUGCUGAAAUUCUAAGCUUCUCUCAGAACUGAGAGUCAUCUCCUUGUUCUUCAUGCACUCUUUCAAUUAUGUACCGUUGUGAUCGAAGUUAGAGUGACCCUUUAACUUUGAUAAUGGAAUGUCACUUCUGCCAUCCAGACAUUUUUGUUAUAUAUCAGCAAGGUGUAUUAUUUUCUUUGUUCCUAAAAAACCUUCUUCAUUGUACCAUUUAGGAUCUUGCACAGUGUGUUAGGUAAAUGAAAAGUGGUGUUGGUGAUGGUUCCUCUGUAGAAGCUCCCCAACAUCUUUUUUUUUUUUUAAACCUUCAAAUAGGCUACUUUCACAGGCUGAACCCUCUGACUUUGCUGUUUGCUGACAAGGAUUCCAAAGUGUAAUACUUUAUAGCAAUACUGUCUAGCGGGCAGGAACAUUGUUUUCCAAGUUGACUUGUCUUAGAGGAUCAACCCUUGCCUAAAUCAUCUGCUCAGAGUAGUAACUAUCUGCAUUUCAAAGAGACUCGUACUGCAAUACCAGAUGUUCAAGAAAUGUAAUUUUCUUUUAGGAGGAAGUGGCGUUGCUCUGGUGUAAAGUGAUUAAAUGCAAAAAAUGUAUAUUAAACGAGUCACAAAAUUAGCCAUAAACAUCAAACUUGCUCUUUUUUACAUGACGUACAGCUUGCCUAUGUAGCACCCCAUUAAAACAAUAUCCAUCCAUCUGCCUGCCACUCUUUUUCCCUUUUUGAAAGACGUGAACAGUUAAAAAAAAAAAAAAAAAAAGCUAACUUUUAUACAACCUAUCCUAAUAUUUAUAAAUUGUCUGAAGUGAGUGAACAUUUUUGGAACUAAAAUGUUGACCUAAAUUAUUUUUGUAUGCUUUGCCACUUCAGUUGUAUGUCAAGUUCACCAAGUUUAGAAAAUGCCACAUUUCCACAUCACACUUUUUGGUGAAUUAUACCUUUUUUGUGUUUUUUUUAUUGUGUUAAACGGUAGAAUACAUAUGGUAGGUUUUAGGUUUUAUUCACUAAAUACUGAAUUAUAGUGAAUUGCAACAAAAAAAUAUCUCUCCGAAUAAACUGUAAACACAGCUUUGCUUUUUGUCUAAAGUUGCAGUUCUGUUUUCAACUUGCUAUGUUUUUUUUGCUUACUAAAUAAAAACCAUAACCUGAAAAAAUAUAUAUGCUACUAUUUAGGGGGCAAUGACAGUUAGAAGAAAGGAUAUAGCAACAGCUAAUAAUGGGGCCUAUGACAAAGGAAGGGGGAAGGGAUAGAGCAGAAAGUUAGAGUGAUGCUGAUCGGAACUUGGUGGAAGGUAACAGUGACACAUAGGAAUGGGGACUAUGAAUUUUACAAAAAGGGACAAUGAAAUAUCACUGACCCCUCUCCUCCAGAUGUCACUUUCCACAUAUGGAAACGGGAUCAGUAACAUGGGAACAUACAAAUGUAAAUGGACUCAUGCAUAUGCAGUGACACCCAACACAUACAUCCUUGCUUUCAGUAACUCUCCUCACAGUUAUACCACUACAUUCACAGACAUACUGACUCUCCAUGCUGUGGGAAUAGGUGAAUAAAAUGCGAACUGUAUCUUUAUGCAGAAAAAAAGAAAUCAAAGAAUUCUGAGCUUCACAGUUCACCAGUCGUGGAAGAUGCCGAGCCAACCACCAGAAAUGUACUGUCAGGAGAUGAGAUUCAGACACUUGCAAUCAAAAUUGAGGACCUGGAGAAGGUAAGGGGAGCUGUGUUUUUGCACUGAACCUAGUGAUCUGCAUGACUUAUUUACAGGUUUUACUCCAACCAAAAAAAAAGUGUUAAGAAAUAUUUAUAAAGCACUGGUUUGUAAUGGUCCAUGCAAAUAAAAAAAAUGGAAAAAAACGUAAGCUUAUCUCUUUUUCUUCAUGAAAGCCGAGUUCUCCCCGCAUCCCUAUCCUCAUUGGCUGACAUUACUCCCCCUAGCUGGGAGCGGAGACUAGUUGUCAGGAAGGAAGGGCUGAGGAGGGGACAUGGGCACCAAUUUUGCACCAAAUUCAUAUUAGCAAGCCUAGAGAUUUUCUUCUGGGCUAGUUAAUGACUCAAAUAAUGCAGCUGGAGGUGGUGUUAGAACGAUGGCAGAGAGGUUAGUCUCCCUAUAUGCAAUGUUUUAUAGCGAAACAUUGCACAUACAAAGUCCAGACACCUUGACCACUUAAAAUAAUGUAAGUGGUCAUGGAGCUUGCAGUAACCCUUUAACAUAUUUCAAAGAACACUGCAAGCCCUUAGCCACUACAGCCCUCUGUAGUGCUUAUGGCUCUAGUAGUUCCUUGGCACUCUACCUGGAAAAUUUGUCACACUCUUUUUGGUUGCCAACUUACCUGUAUCCCCCGAGCAUGGUGCUUGCCAUCCCUGCUUCUGGAUAACUGGGUUAGGGGAACACUGAUCUAAACUAAGCUACUGAAUGUUUGGAUGCAUUUUAGGCAGCCAUGACCCAAGAACGAUCUAUAACAGCCAUCUGAGGAGUGGCCAGUGAAGUUAUCACUAGGCUGUAAUGUAAACACGGCAUUUUCUCUGAAAAGACAGUGUUUACAGCAAAAAGCCUGAAGGUAAUGAUUAUACUCACCAGAACAAAUUCAAUAAGCUGUAGUUGUUCUGGUGACUAUAGUGUCCUUUUAAGCUUCCAGUAAUUGUGUGGAGAUCCUUGCAACAUGGGGCCGUGCAUUAUCAUGCUGCAACAUGAGGUAAUGGUCAUGGAUGAACUGCACAACAGUGGUCCUCAGGAUCUCGUCACGGUAUCUCUAUGCAUUCAAAAUGCCAUCAAUAAAAUGCACCUGUGUUCGUUGUCCAUAACAUAUGCCUGCUCAUACCAUAAACCCACUGCCACCAUGGGCCUUGAUCCACAACGUUGACAUCAGCAAACCGCUCAUCCACACGUCGCCAUACACGCUGUUUACCAUCUGCCCUGUACAGUGAAAACCUCUCCAAAGUGCCAGAUGCAAUCGAAUAUGAGUAUUUGCCCACUCAAAUCGGUUACGAUGACAAACUGCAGUCAGGUUGAGACCCCGAUGAGGACGAUGAGCAUGCAGAUGAGCUUCCUUCAGACGGUUUCUUACAGCUUAUGCGGAAAUUCUUUGAUUAUGCAAACCGAUUGUUGAAGCAGCUGUCUGGGUGGCUGUGUCAGACGAUCUUGGAGGUGAAGAUGCUGGAUGUGGAGGUCCUGGGCUGGUGUGGUUACACGUGGUCUGCGGUUGUGAGACCGGUUGAAUGUACUGCCAAAUUCUCUGAAAUGUCUUUGGAGACGGCUUAUGGUAGAGAAAUGAACAUUCGAUUCAUGGGCAACAGCAUGCCAACUGCACGCUCCCACAAAACUUGCGACAUCUGUGGCACUGUGCUGUGUGAUAAAACUGCACAUUUUAGAGUGGCCUUUUAUUGAGGCCAGCCUAAGGCACACCUGUGCAAUAAUCAUGCUGUCUAAUCAGCAUCUUGAUAUACCACACCUGUGAGGUGGAUGGAUUAUCUUGGUAAAGGAGAAGUGCUCACUAACACAGAUUUAGACAGAUUUGUGAACAAUAUGUGAGAUAAAUAGGCCUUUUGUGUACAUAGAAAAGUCUUAGAUCUCUUAGAGUUCAGCUUAUGAAAAAUGGGGGCAAAAACUAUAAGUGUUGCAUUUAUAAUUUUGUUCAGUUUACUUAUCACUUACACUUCUGCCACUUACCAGCACAAAAAAACUGCUAAUUUAAAUGUCUCUUCCCAGUGAGGGAGAAAACUGUAUGUAGCUUCAGGCAAGCUCUCUAAACUGUAAAUCAACAUGAUCUUUGAUGCCUAGUUUUUAAACAUUUAUUUAUUUAUUCUGCAUUAAAAAAUAGGUGGCCAUUUUUACUGAAUAGUUUCCCUUUAAUUUGAUAGGGUUAGCAAUAAGUUAUUUUACCUAAAUGAAAAUGCUUUUUAAAAUGAUGCAGUGUACAUAAAUCAUUAUUUAAGAUGCUCUUGUACUAUUUGUAGGUGCGUCCUCCUCGACCAGUCAAAGUGCAGAAUACAUAUCCUGCAACUAAUCAAGUUUUAGUUAGAAAAUAUGAUGAUAAGGUGGAGAAGAAGAAAGGAGAUUUGCUUGUGGCUCAUCCACAAUGUCCUGAAUCACCAACCAGAGACUUUGUUUAUUCAGGUACCUUCUUUUCCAAUGACAGGUUGUUAGUCUAUUCUUGGCUAAUAUUCUCUUUUCAUAAAUUCAAGACUAUAGCAACAGAUAAAUACUAACAUUAUCAGAGUAAUACUGGUAUAAUGGCAUAACCGAUAGGAAAGAAAAUAAGUUUGGUUAUACCUAUGGUCAAUAGACAGGUGUGGUUGUGCUUUGUGGAUGAAUUAGAGAUCUUAAUACACUAGCAUGACCCUAUGCAUAAUCACUUUCAUACUUCAUUUAUUUAUUGUCAAAUUAAUUUUUUAUUUCACUCACAUGUUGCAGAGAUGGACAUUCCUCUGCAUGACGUUCAAAGUGAGAUCCUGCCACAUAACAUCCUGGGGACUUUGCAGAAUCUAAAACAAGAAGCUACAAUAAGAGGAAACUCACAGGCAUGGCUAAUUCUUUCUAACACGUUCUUUUUAUUUGUGAUCAGUUGUGAUGAAAUAAGUUCUGCUUAGAAUCAUAUUCUACUAGUAACAGAAUCCGCUAAAACCAUUUGCUUUCUUUACUCAGGUUGUGCAGCUUAUAGCAGACUCCAUGAAUACCGCUGCUGCUACCCUACCUUUUGAAAGUAAAUUUGAAAAAAGGCAACCACAACAGAAAAAAACAACUGUUUGUGACCUUCCAAAGCAAGACCUGGCUUUAAACAACUGGCAGCGUCACAUGACACUGAGAAAGCAGCAACAGGACAACUUAUCCCGUAAGUUAUGUAUGAGUAUAUGUUCAUGUACAUCUUUUUAAACUGUCUGAGAAAACAAAUAUACACCAAAUUAGCUCUAAAUAAUAAAUUACUGCAUUCUGUCUGGACACUUAGUUCCAUAGUUGCUUGUAACAUGUUGAUCCCUAUUAGUGAGUGUGGGUUGCACAAUAGAGACUAUGCUUACAUGGUCAAUGGCUCUUUCACUAGACAGUGAACUGGGCUGUGUUUAAACUGAUACCAUCCUUUAUAAUACAAACAAUCCUGUAUAAUAAUUUGAACGUCUCUUGUAGAUAAAUUAUUUGUUCCAUUAUCUCCCGCUGGAUGAGGAGUUAUGGUUUAAGAUCUGUCUUCUUGGACCAGAAUGAGACACUCCCGAUUGAAGUGUUCUUUGCCGGUGUGGGACUGGUUUUGCUGCAGCUGCACAAAGAAGCCACAAACAGUUCUGUUAGUGGCGCGCAUUAUAUAUGGCCAUAAUAUGCAUAAAAUGUAGCAUACAGCAAUGACAUUUUCAUAGGCAAAACCUGUUAGUACGAUGGGUCGUAUUAAUGAGCUUAGUGACAUGGCACUUUAAACAUGGCACUACCUAUAGGAUGCCACUUUGCCACAAAUCAGAUUGUGAAAAUUCUACCCUUCUAGAUCUGCCCUGGUGAACUGUAAGUACUGCUAUUUACUGGAAAGUUUAAGCAUUUAUGAGGUGUAACAGCACACCUAUGGUAGAUUACUCAUACUCAGAGUGGGUACCUGAAGUGUGUAAAAAUCAUCUGUUGAAUCACGCAACAUCUGUGCAUCGUUAAUGAAUUUUUUAUUUAUUUUUUAUGGCUGAGCAGCUUUACAAACCCUAACAUCAACGUGAGCAAUGCCAAGUAUUGACUGGAGUGUUGCAGUGGAGACAUGUUCUCUGGAGUGAUGAAUCAUGAUUCAUUAUCUAGCAGUCUUCUGGAAGAAUGUGGGUAUGGUGGAUGCCAGGAUAACAGAAUGUGUAAUACCUACAAUAAAAUUUGGUGUUGGAGGGACAAUGGUCUGGGGCUGUCUCUUAUGGUUUGGGCUAGGCCCAUUAGUUUAAUUGAAGAGUCAUCCUAAUGCAAUUGCACAAGGAUGCAGAGAUAUUUUAGACAAUUGGACAAUUCCAACUUUGUGAUAAGAGGAACAGGGAAGGCCUGUUUGUGUUCCAGGAUGACUGGGCCCCUGUGCAGAAAGCAAGGUUUAUGAAAACCUGGUUUGACGAUGUGUAGAGAAACACAAGUGACCUGCACAGAUCCCUGACAUCAUCCUUAUUGAAGUCGAAUUGAUGGUUUGCAAGACAGACCUUCUUGUCCACUUAGUGCCAGACCCCACAAAUACUCAUUUGGCUGAAAGGACACAGAUUCCCAUGGACACAUUGCAAAGCUUUAUGAAAGGUUUUCUAUAAAGAGUGGUGGCAGUAAUGUAUAGCCAUAAAGGAGCCCAUGCUUUUGCAAUGGGGUGUUUAAAAAGCUCAUAUAGGUUUGAUGGUCAGGUUUUAAACUAUUACAGCAUACCUGCACAAGGACCUCAAGGCCCUAGGGGAGUGCAAAGAACACCUAGAGGAGAACAUGGAUGCCUGGUGCACAAUGAACUUAUAGACCAUUACACUGCACUGGAGGCUGAAAAUUCUCACUUACAUGUGAAAAUGGCAGAGCUUGAAAAUCGAGCCCACAGAAAUAAUGAUAGAAUUCUGGGUGUCGACAAAGAGGUAACCCUGGAGAACUUAUCUUUGUAUUUAAUGUUCUCUAUCAAGACUCUGGACCAUGCUGUUACAGAUAAGGUUAGACUAUUAUAUGUUGUUUAAACCCUGAAGUCUGGUGGACAGCAUCCUGUGUGACAUCAUAGCACACAUACCCUUUUACCAUACUAAAGAGGCUCUAAUGUUUUUAUUUAUUUAUAAAAUAUAUUUUACCAUGAUGGAUACAUGGAGAUUUCUCUAAUUUUCAAGUAUGUCCUGGGUCCACAAAACAUUGCAUUGUUACAAUAGCAUACAAUAUACAAACUAUAAAUAUAUACAUACACACAUAUAUAAAUUUAAUACAUAACAGGUAAUACAUAACAGGUGCAUUCUGUGCUGAGGUAUAUUGCCAUAGAUCUCUUAAAGGACCACUAUAGUGCCAGGAAAACACACUCGUUUUCCUGGAACUAUAGUGCCCUGAGGGUGCCCCCACCCUCAGGGUCCCCCUACCGCCCGGCUCUUGAAGGAGGAAAGGGGUAAAAACUUACCUUUUUCCAGCGCUGGGCGGAGAGCUCUCCUCCUCCUCUCCGCCUCCGUUACGCCCCGCCGGCUGAAUGCGCACGCGCGGCAAGAGCUGCGCGCGCAUUCAGCCGGUCUCAUAGGAAAGCAUUUACAAUGCUUUCCUAUGGACGCUGGCGUGCUCUCACUGUGAUUUUCACAGUGAGAAGCACGCAAGCGCCUCUAGUGGCUGUCAAUGAGACAGCCACUAGAGGAUUAGGGGGAAGGCUUAACCCAUUCAUAAUUAUAGCAGUUUCUCUGAAACUGCUAUAAUUAUGAAAAAAUGGGUUAACCCUAGAAGGACCUGGCACCCAGACCACUUCAUUAAGCUGAAGUGGUCUGGGUGCCUAGAGUGGUCCUUUAAAAUAUUUUAGAUUGAAUGAAGAUUUGACUGUGUCCCUGAGGUUAUUUCAUAAUUGCGGUGCUCUGUAGGAAAUGGAGGAUCGAGCCACUUUAUUUUUGUAUUGUGGUAUGCUAAAUACCGUGCUAGUACUGGAUCAGAGGUUAUUGGUGGUGGGAACAGCUGCGGAGAGCAUUCUACUCAGGUAGGGUGGGAGCUUCCCAGAAAUGUUCUUAUGCACAAGGCUGGAAAGAUGAAGAGUGCAUCGGGAUUCCAGCAACAGCCAGUUUAGCUCUUUUAACAUGUCAUAGUGGUGGGUAAAGUAAUUACAUUCUAGUACAAUGCGGCAGAACAAAUUAUAUAAUGUAUUAAGUUUAUUAAAGUGGGGUUGCUGUGUGGGUGCAUACACUACAUCCUCAUAAUCAAUGACCGGCAUUAGCAUUUGUUGCUAAUUAGCAUCUGUUUCCUUACUGUAGGGCUUAGGAUUUGUUUCUGUACAGGGCACCUAGUUUUGGGUAAGGUUUUGAAGAGAUUUUUUCAAUGUGAAGGCCAAAGAAUAGAUUGGGGUCCAGCAACAUACCUAGAUAUUUAAAAGAGCAGACUCCUUUCAGUGUGCUAUUUGAAUUUGUUCUGAUACACGGUUGUUGAUUUUGUAAUUUAGGUACAGUUUCAAAGAUCAUUGUAACAGUUUUGUCAGUGUUUAGGAAGAGUUUGUUAUCCGCUAUCCACUUUUUUACCUCUGUGAAUUGGUUUUGGAGCACAGCCUCAAGCUGUGGAAGCCUGGGUUUACUAGCGUAGAUUACAGUGUCGUCUGCAUACAGUUGAGGAUUUGCAGACGAUAAGCAGAUCAUUUAUAAAUAAUGUGAAUAGCAGGGGGCCGAGUAUGGAGCCUUGGGGAACACCACACAUGACUGGAGGAGGGAGGGAAGCUCUGUAAGAAAUGGCCACAUAUUGCAAUUGGUCUGAAACAAUGCCUAAAUUUUUUAGUUUUUGCAAAAGAAUGCCAUGGUCUACUGUGUCAAAGGUCUUGGCAAAACAAAGAAAAUAACUCCAGUUAAGUCUCCUUGUUCCAUGCCAAUUUGGAUGUCAUUGCAAACUUUUAAGAGGGCAGUCAAAGUUGAGUGAUUUGGGCGAAAGCCUGAUUGAUCAUGAGUCAGACAAUUUGAUUGUUGAUAAUAUUCACAUAGUUGCUUGUGGACUCGUUUUUCCAAGAUUUUUGACAAUGCAAAGAGCAAUGAUAUCAGGCGCUAGUUAGAUACCAAAGUAUUGUAACCACUUUUAUGAAUAGGUACAACUAUUGAAGUCUUCCAAAGUUUGGGUAUGUAUCCUGACACCAGGGAUUCAUUGAUAAGGGUAGUGACAGGUUUAGCAAUUGCUAGCGCACCUAGCUUCAGCAACAUUGCUGGGAUUUGAUCUGGUCCAUACUGGUUUUUCAUUUUUAAAUGAUUAAGAUGUUUUUUAACAACACUAACAGGCGCAGGUGUAAAAUUUUAUUUCUCUAUAAAAUUCUGAAGAUUUGGCAGGACCUGAUCUUUAUUUGUGGUCUGUUAAAGUGAUUUGUUAUCUUAGCAACCAGAGUGGUAGCACAUCUAACAAAAUAAUUAUUAAAGGCAUUUGAUACAUCUUGGUGGUGUUGUAGUGUUUGGUUUUCUAUUUUUUUUUGUCAAUCCUUGUUUUAUUGAGGGAAGUAUUCAAGGUUGAUAUUUUCACUCAUUAUGUCGUGAUAAGGCAAAAACCAUAUAACAUGAACUAUUACAAUCAUACAACAUUGUCAGGCCUCUUUUACUUUUUUUUUCUCGUGUGUGUGUCCAAUUGAUAUGUGUGUCAUGAGGUGUGUGUGUUGGUGGCGUUUGGUAAUGGUACCUCAGGGUCAGGUGGUGGUUUGGCCUGUGUGAUAAUUCGGUCCAGUCUGUAAGUGUCCCGACCUAGAAAUAUGUUGAGCCCUUUGGUCGUGUGUGUGAGUCGACAUAGUCGGCAUAAAGGUAGGUACCUGUCGUUGCUUCGUGUCUGAUGGUGUCCCCUAAUCUUGGGUGGCUGAGGGGGGGGGGAGUGGAGGCGGUUGAGGGGUCUACCUGUCAGACCGGGCUCUAUUGCAGCCAUCAUGUGUCGUGACUGUGAAGGUAAGCGUGGUUACAGUGGGUUUGUGACGUGUAGAGGCACGAGUAAUAAGAUUCUCUUAACAAUUAUGAGAGGGGACAAAAGCAAAGUAAACAUUUGCAGUUUUAUGAUUGGCGGGUGGUUAGGUUGCGUUCGCUGCACCCGGACUUUCUUUCCCUCUUGGUGUGCAGGGUCUCGCUCAGCUCGGGACCCCGGUUCGGGUGUCGGAGGAGGCUGGGUUCCUCUGAGCGUGGGCUUAGUCCCAGAGUUUGUAAGAACGCUGCCGCGUCUCUUAUGGUGGUGAGUCUCAGUUCCCUGCCGUCAGUCGUUUUGGCUGUGAGUGCUCGCGGUAAGGUCCAUCGGUACUCCACUCUGUGUUCUCGUAGUCUGCUUGUGACUGAGCCCAGAGACCUCCGCCAGUGCAGUGUGUUCCUGGUGAGAUCUUGAAAAAACGUCAAUUUGGAGUCCAGGGGGGUUUUGCCCUUUAAUGCCGCCAGGAUGCGAUUCCUGUCCGCCACUGACUGGUAGUGUACAAUUAUGUCUCGGCUGGAGACAUUGCCUCUAGGGGUGUCAUGGAGGGUGACAUUGUGGGUGAGUCCCCAGGGGUGGUUGUCCCUGCUUGGGAAUCUGAUCUGUGCUCACAAGUGCCUGGUCUGGCCGCCAUCUUGGAAUUCGUCGGACGCUGCUGCAUCUCCCCCAUGUCGUGGAAUUCUUUGCUGGGGCCCGGGUGUGAUUUCUGGGUUUUGAAUCCCAUUUCUGUCGUGGGCUUUGGGAGAUGGUCGGAUGGCCAGUCAGAGCCGUAUAUUCCAGCCAGCUCAGCCUCUAAUCACCUUGCGGCGGUCCGUGUGGCUGCGGAGCUCAGGUAGGCCCCAGAUGUGCGUCUGGCUUUCUUACCCGUUUUCAGGUAUUAAAAAGGCAUGGGGCUGUUGCUCCCCCUCUUCUGAGUCGGUAGGGUGUCGUGUGUGGGUCCGCUUGUCAUGGGGAACCACCGAUUUAUAUGGGUUUCCCGAUUAUUGCUUGAAGCCGCAGGAAAACGCGUGUGGUCGGCUCUGGCGCUAGCUGGUUGUCUAUUUUGACAGUGGAGGGUUGGGAGUGGAUUGUGAGGGAUUGUAUGCUAUUUUUGAAUUUCCAGACGUUUCUUGGGUUUGAUAAGUUGUUGUUCAAAUUUUCACUGAAAUAUUGGGCCUUUGCCAUUUUUGUUUGUUUGCAUGCAUUUCGCCAUUGUCUGUAAGUACAGUGAUCGUUCAUGGAGCCAGUACGCUUGAAAUUUGACCACAGGUAAUCUCUAAACUGGUACAUUUAAAUGAGGUCAGCUGUAACCCAGGGCAGGUGUGUCUCUUUUAGUCGCCCUCAGGAAAUGUAAAAAAAACAUUAUAACAAAAAGGCUAUCAUUGCAGAUCUCUCAGCCACCACAUUGGCAAAAUUACGAGAAUACCUCACCGUGACCUAAGUUUUCUGCUAUCGCAAUCCCAAGUUCCUAGUGUGGUGAAAUGGUGCUAUUUGUGUAAUUAACUCACCUGAAGAAAGAAUGAAAUCUCUGCAUUCAUGGAACCUGAUUGAUGGUCCCUCUCUAUCUUUUCUGCUAAUAAAGGCAACAACUGGUAGAAAGUUGGAUCACCAUCCUGUUCUCUGCAGGACAGAGCAUUUAAGCACAUGUUUUAUGUCUUGCUGGAGUACUGCAUUUGCAGUUAAAUCUCAAGUUUCUAUUGAAACCUCCAACUGCUCCAGUGUGGAUUUUCCCUGGCUAAGGUUCUCCUGUUGACUGGCAUCCAAAUCAACCUGGACUUUGGUGGCAAGUUUGUUCCUGUUCUCUAGUGUUUUUUUCUUUUAUCUUUUAUUUAACUCGUUUAGUUAUAAUAUGCAGCACGACUGUGCUCCUACUACACUUCCACACUUAGUUGUACAUUUGUUAUAAAAGCUGGGAAACCAAAUGCUUUCCCGUCUUGUCGACAAUUCUUGGUCUCAGCCAGAGAUGGACUUCAGGUAGGAGGAUAUGAACCUACCCUGAUUGGUCCCUUAGGUGACUGUAAUGCUUUCAUGUAAUAGGGAUCUCAAUAUUGCAAUUGUAAAUUACGAUAGUUGUCUACAAAAAACAUGUGAAGACUGUCACAUGUGGGGACUGUCCCCUUUAUAAUCCACUCUGUCAAAUCCAGAGCAGGCAGAAGGGCCUCUAGUAUAUGAGUGCCAUCUAUGAGGCACUAAAGGAGAUGUGCUUAUGUUGAGAAUAUACUAAUGCACUACAUAUAUUUUUUACAGAUAUAUGCAAUGUAUAGAUGCGAAUAUGGAGAUUAUCCUAGAAGCAUCUUUUCAAAUUCCACAUUUUAGUAUUUAGAUUAAGUCACUAAUGCAUUAAUCAUUUGGUAUUUAUUCAGACCCAGAAUUUACUUUGGGAGAUUGUUGUUUGAGAUGAUGACUAUUCCCUAUAAGUCUCCAAGGCAAGCAUGAGCUUAUUCUUAGACAGUCCAGCAGUCUCAUCAUUGGUAAGGUGCUGUGACAGGGGUACAGUCUGUUUUGCACGAAAUUCCAAAUCACUGAGAACUGAUCCUAGUUCCUAGUAGUGUGUGCAUGCUAGUCUAUGUAGAGACACGUGCCCAGGUUGGAGCACACAUUAUAUUGGACAACAUAGCACAUAUGUGCACAGAGUGGUUCAUUAGACUUGGGGUUAUGCAUAGAUGGUGCUUUAAAAAUAAACCAAUAGCUGUGACUCCAAUUUAGUUAACAGUUUUUUUUUAAAUUUUUUUAUUAUAGAAUAACGAACAGGCAUGAAAUAUAUGUCAGUGGUAAAAACUAAAUAAACCAGUAAUAGGCAUACAAUAAGGUAAUAAAAAUAUACUAGCGUUGCAAAACAAGCAAGCAUCCAUACAAAAAAAAGUGAGAAAGGUAAAGCCAAAAAGCACAUACUGAAGCUGAAACAUUUUGGUGAAGCAGCAUACCAGUCAGAGUCACAGAGUUAUUCACUAACAUGUGAAUUGUCAGAAAAACUGGUUUUGGGUAUUAUUAUAAUUAAUAUUAUAAUUGCCAUUUAAAUAGUGCCAACAGAUUCCAUAGCGCUUUACAAUAUUAUAAGAGGGGGGAUUUGACUAUAAAUAGGACAAAUACAAGAAAACUUACAGGAACGAUAGGUUGAAGAGGACCCUGCUCAAUCGAGCUUACAUUCUAUAGGAGGUGGGGUGUAAAGUAUAAUUCUUAAACAUGAUUGAUUACCUUUUGAGGUUUUAACCUUUCAAAAUGAUGUCAUAAACACAACUUAAUAAUCGUGAUGAAUAUAUUAGACCAGUGGUUCCCAAAUGUUUUAGGCUCAAGGCGCCCUUAAUAUUUCAAUAUUUUUGUAAGUCAAAAAAAAAUUCUAGGUGUGUGUGGGGCAGUGUGUAUGUGAGGGGUACAGUGUUUGUGUAUCUUGGGCAGUGUGUGUGAGAGUUACACUGUGUGUGUAUGGGGGGCAGUGUGUGUGUGAGGGGGAAACACUGUGUGUGAGGGGUACACUGUAUGGGGGAGGGGUAAUUAGUACACUUUUUUUUGUUAAUUUAUAAAUAUAUAUAUAUAUAUAUAUAUAUAUAUAUUUUUAUAUCCCCCUUCCCUGCUUACCUUUGCCUGGGAGGGGACAGUACUAAUCCCUGGUGGUCUGUGGGGAAGCCCUGGUACUCCCAAUGGUGAGAUUGAACUCAGGCUAGAGUUCACUCUUGCGUGAUUCGGAGCAUUGCCGUGGUAACCGCUGCCACGCUCCCCAGGUCCUCUCUCCCUCCAUGAUCUCCCCUCCGGUCCUGUAGAGCCGGUAGGGGAGAGUGAGGCAUGGUUCCCGGUGCUAUGAUCACAUGAUCAUAGCACCGGGAAAUAUCACACGGCGCCCCUUGCAGAUUACCCAAUCUGAAUUGUUGGAAGGUAUGUACCUUCCACAUUAUAUGUAGUUAUGUUAUUAUGUAUUUUCUUUUUUCAUGUUAAAAGCAUUUUUAAUGGAUUUACUAUUGAAGAGUAUGUUGAAGUUACUAGCUAACGUGAAAAAGUACUUUUUGAUAUUUUUACACAGGCUUCUACUGCUAGUUAUAUCUUUUUUUAAUGUUCCUGCAGGUCAGUUGGGUAAGCCCCAUGGACAGCUUAUUAUGAACACUGGUGAGGAGUUUCGGAAGGUACAGGAAGAGAAGCAACUGAUAUACCGUAGCAUCCCAGCAGUGGAUUUAAACAAGGUAUUUUAACCCCUUAAGGACCAAGGAUACAACAUGUUUGUGACCAAGUCCUUUAUGUCACUUAUUAAGUAUCAUUUUUAAAGAAGAAAUAGGGCUUUUGAGACCGUAUAUGUAUAAAUAAUACAAUAUUAAAUAUGAAUAAAAUAUUAAAUAAUUGAAGAACACUUUACAUUUAAUCAUUUCCACACUACAAGUGCAACUAAAGAAAACUAACUCAAAAGGUCUUGAUUUUUAAAAUGUCCAAUAUGUGUAGGAUUUAAAUAAAUUUGUAAAAGUUAUAAAACAAAUAUAGCAUGGAACCAAUUACUUUUUUUUUGGCAUGGUGAAAUCACAACUUUUAUAGUAGUCACAAAAUCCAUAGAAGGGAAAUCUGAUUCUCAUGCUGCAACUCCUGGACACAGCGAUUACUGCUUGGCAGCUGUGAAAGUAAGGAAACCUCGCCAGAAUAUUUUAAGAGAUCCCUGAGACUGUCUUAGAACCACUGCAGCUGAGAUUAACCUCUUAGCAGUGGUAUUUAAAAAGACCUAAAGGGCUUUGUGCAGAGCUCAUUUAAGCACUGCACAUAACUGACUUGUCAGUCUAGAGCCAUUAAUUGUCACCACAUCUGACAAAGGGGACCCUGAGGGGGGCGUCAUGGAGGGUACCUUGGGCUCCUUGGUGCCAUCAGCUAUAUAAAGUAACACUCCAUACUAACAAAAAAAAAGCAAAUCACUAUUUAGAACAUAUACAUCAAAUGAAUACAUGUAUACAUUUAUUUUUUCAUGUAGUCAUUGGGGUUAUACAUAAAAAUAGCUUGCAAAAGCUGCAGUUCUUGGGCACCACAUUUCCAUUUACAGAUAUUUAAAAUGCAUCAAUAUUUUUCUUCUUCUCACAUAUAUAACAAGUUCCUACUGUGUGGUUCUAUAUAUUAUGUCAUAUUUAAUAACAUUCUGAGUGAAAUUACGGUGGAAUGCUAUAUGCUAUGUCAUAUCAAAUACAAUUUUAGUGAACUUAUGGUUCAUUUUCUGUUAUUUCAGAAUCACUAUAUUGGGAGUGAGUUCUGGAAUGUGCCUGAGAAAAUUGGCGAUGAGUUAAGUGGCUUGAUAAUGACCCUUACUCAGUGUGAGCGUGGAUACCCAUUACCCGUCAUUCAUAUCGGAAAACCGAAAAGCAUCAUGCAGGAAACAGGUGUGUCUGAUAUAAAAUAUUAGCAUGAGGUAGCACACAAAAAGAGGACCAGAUUGAGAAGUAUACAAUGUAUGGAUGCAGAUCAGGAAUGAAGCACUUCCUCUAGUGGGUAAAAAAAAGGAAAUAGGUAUUAAUUAAAUACUACUGCAGCACACCAAUAAAUAGUUAAAAUAGUUUAUUAAUUCAAAACUCAUAUAAUGUAAAAGCAUUGUGUUUUAGUAAUAGUACAUGGAGGCAAAAUAAUCAAAAAGAAAGAUAACAUACUAUACAUGAUGAAAUAAUAUUAUAAUAUACAUGAAGCAAGCAUAUAUAAAUAAAUAUCCAAUGAGCAAUAAAUUAAACAAAUAAUGCCAGUCAACUGUAUGGAUACCUUAGGUUGGUGACAGAGUAGCAUGAAAACCCAAACCACAAUGGAGAACACACAAGUGAGGUGGAUAAACAUGAUCAGACUAAACAAGUACCUGAAGUCCGAUCUAAUGUAGAGAAAGCAUUCCCAUGGGGCCAAUGCCAAGAAAACUAUCAAAGAGGACUAGGAGGAAAAAGAAAAACAGGAAUAAAUUCACAACCAACAGAAAAGGGCCCUGUCGAUAUUAAGACCUGUAGAAUGCAGAGUAUUCAACUGAUAAAUCCAGUAGUGUUUUUUUUGUAUUAAACUGAUCACCACCCCUGUUAGGUGUCUUGACAUGUUCAAUGGCAGUAAAUAUCAAUUGAGAGAUAGCAUGCAAAUGUAUUCUGAAAAUACUUCGCUACUAAGGAGGUUUCAUUCUGGUGUCUUGUGUUACUUUUAUGUUCGCUAAUACAUACACCAAAACAAUGGCAUGGCACAUAUGCCAACCCACAGGGGCAUUUGGGCAAAUAGACCACAUGAUCUGUCUGGCAAUUCAUGAGGAUACACAUGGGGUAUUUCUUGCUCGACAUAGGAUGGUAAAAUGUGUCAAAGCGUAUCACACUAUUACAAAUGGUGCAGUGCCCACAUCAAUACAUGCUCUUAAAAAGCCACAGUGGUUUUUCCUUAUUCGGUGCAUUUAUGAGGCUAUCCCUUCAAUUCCUAGACCCUUUCUAGGACAUUGUGGGGCGUUUUAAACAGAUCACCCAUUUUGUAGUCUGCAUUGAGUACUUUUGUACAUUGUAGUAUUUUUUCCAAUUUUUUUCUGGCCAACAUCUUGCUCCACCAACUUAAAGGAGUUUCCAUAGUCACAUUGUUCUGUGAGGGAGCAAAGUUGCUCCUAAGUUUACACUUGGUAAAGUCAAGAUUUGAUCCAGGUUUGAUUUGAGACAAAGCCAAUACCUUUUCCCAGUCUCCGUUCCUCCGUGUCAGAGAACAGUUGUGAUGUAAGAUGUUGAUCGCCAUUUUCUCUGGGUCCUUUGUCGAUCGGGGAAAUGUCUCGAUUUUGUUCCUAGACUCAUUGGGAUGUCUGAAUGCACAGGAGUGACCACCUCGCUACCUCCUUCUCUCGGUCAUUGGCCUCUCCCUAAAAAUUGUGUUCCUGGUUGCUGAGCUUUGACCAGCAUCAUUUGUUACAUUUUGCUCAUUGGAUAUGUUUGUGUCAUGUAUAUUAUGUUAUUAUCUUUCUUUUUGAAUAUUUUGUCACUAUGUACUAUUAUAUUGUCACAGUGCUUGUGUAAGAUGUAUUACUCCAUGAUAUUCUAUGAUUUAAUAAACUAUUUUUGACAAUUUACUGGUAUGCUUCAGUAGUUUACACUACUUAUAUAUAGCUAUAGGAAGUAGGAGUGGUGCCUGGAAAAUCCUUGGAAGUAGGAGUAUGAAAUUACACAAAAUAGAAAAAUAGAAAAAAAAGGAAAAAUAGUGUGGUAUGUUCAUGAACUCAAGGGGAGGUAAGUAAAAAAGUGCACUUAGACUUUUUUAAGGGCAUUUAACAGAAAAACCUUGCUUAUGGAUGGAGCUAUGCUUCUUACCAAAGAAUAAAAUGUGUUUCAAUAAAAUAAUCCUUCCAGAUUGAUUAGGGUUCUGUCAGAUUUCACUACUCGGUACAAUCUCCACUUUGGGAUGUAUGGCUUAGUGAUAUCCUCACUGUGAAUAUAAAAGACAAAACAGAACUAUUUAGUGCUCACUGUGAUGAAAAUAAAUACUGCUUAAUUAAAAACUAAUUACAAGGUGAAGAGCAAACCAAGGUAUUUUCCCCACCUUGGAAAUCCUGUCCAGAAGGCGAUGGGUGAUAAAGGAAGGUCUAGGAGUUGAAAAAAACAAAAAACUUACUAGUUAAUCCUUUAAAAAUGGCAUAAAAGGACGAUAAUAGAUUAUAUAAUAACAUACAUUCAUAUAUAGUAGUAUUUUAAAGAAAUUGAAAAAUGUCAGACUCAGCACUUAAUCCAUUAAAGGUCAAAAUUGUUCACGUGCAUUAAGAAUAUGCAUUUUUUUUUAAUCCUAAAUUAUUAUAUAAUUUUUUUAGACUAGUUAAGAAUAUUCAGGGGCUACAAAGUAUUAUGCUAACUCAUGCAACGAUAAUGACGUAUAAUGACGUGCACACCCAAUACUCUUAUAAUUAGUCUUCCUUGGGUACCAAAUUAAAGAGACAACGCUGUCUACCGUGCAACUAUAGAGAGGAAAGUCCUAUUACAGAUCUGCUUUAUCAUUUGCUGUUUGUACUUCUUGGCCCUUCAAAAACGCUGUAUAUAUUACAUCAUGUUAUACAGUAUUUAUUAGCUAAUCACUUUGCAUAUAGAUAUUUCAAUGUUUGAUUUGGAUAACUCCCUUGUAAUCUCGUUUGAGCAGAGCCCUAUGCAUCCUAUUCUUCCUGUUGCAAAUACAUGUUUGUUAGUCCUCCUAUUGUACAGCUCCAUGGAAUUUGUUGGCAUUUUAUAAAUAAUAAUAAUUACUAUGUAUAGUUAUUUGCUUGUACAUGUUUUUUUUUUAAUUAUUUUACCAUCACAAAAUUGCUGUAUUUCUCUUUGCAUCUCUCUUACCUUAACUCAGGCCACCUAGAUCGUCCACUAUUUCAUAACACUUGGGAUAAAAGUCAGUAUCUCCAGUAUCGUAGACACGAAUUGAGAGCCAUCAUGGAAGAACUCAACUUUUCUAAACCGGUGAGGGUCUAUAUAGUACUUAAAAUGGCUGUACAUUGCUAUGUGAGAUAAUGGUGCUGCUUGCCAAGGUAAAAUGCAAACAUAAAUAAAACCUUAAAGGAAUUUAGCUAUUGUAUCAAAAUACUAAAUUGUAUCAAAUCCAUUGAGAUCUGUUUAAAUAGUUGGAAUUGUAGUUGGAAUUCCUGAUUUAAAAACACAAUUUUAGCAUCUUGAUAAUUUCAAAAAGCAUGGUUUUAUAUAUAUAUAUAUAUAUAUAUAUAUAUAUAUAUAUAACCUCCCUCUAUAUCAUGACACUUUUUGUCUUAAAAUUAUUUUGAUAUUUUUAUUUAUAUAGAGCUUGUAAACAUAUCUGCCUGACUAUUUAUCAAGCCAAGGGUUAAAGCCACUAGCAGUAAUAAUAAAGGACCACUAUAGUGCCAGGAAAACAUACUAGUGCCCCCACCCUCAGGGUCCCACUGGGCUGGAUGGAGAGGAAGGGGUUAAACAUUUACCUUUCUCCAGCGCCGGGCUCCCUCGGUGCUGGAGACUCUCCUCCUCCUUUCUCGUCAUCGGCUGAAUGCGCAUGCGCGGCAAGAGCCGCGUGCGCAUUCAGCCAGUCCAUAGGAAUGCAUUCUCAAUGCUUUCCUAUGGACGCUGGCGUCUUCUCACUGUAAAAAAAAUCGCAGUGAGAAGCGCGGAAGUGCCUCUAGCUGCUGUCAAUGAGACAGCCACUAGAGGCUGGAUUAACCCAUAGGUAAACAUAGUAGUUUCUCUGAAACUGCUGUGUUUACAGCAGGCAGGGUUAACACUAGAUGGACCUGGCACCCAGACCACUUCAUUAAGCUGAAGUGGUCUGGGUGCCUAUAGUGGUCCUUUAAACAAAUGAGCAAUCCAUAAAAACAAAAAAAUAUAUGAUCAAUAUAUAUCAGGCAAAAUAUGCUUCCUCCCUCAAAAACUAAUGGUUAAAAAGUCAUAAGCUUAAAUAAAAAAUGGAGAUUAUAUAAAAAAUUCCCACUACGCUUGGGAAACAAUGGCCCCAGUAUAUGGAUUAAAAUAUGCUAUUUGAGAUAUGCUGAGGUGUCUUCUUUAAGAAAUGGUAAUUGUUGUGAGGUAGUUUGAACUAGCAAAUGCUAGAAUGCUCCAAAAUGAGACAUAGCUCCAUUAAAUCUAUCUAUGAAAAUGUAGUCUUAACCUGAAGUUAUAAAGUCUCUUAUAUGUCACUGCAAUAUCACAAAAUAGUGACAAAUAGUGACAAAGCCAUACACUGGUGAAAAAAUAUUGACAUGUUAAGGCACAAUACACUGUAAUUUGAACAGUCAAACUGGUACAAUGCUCCAAAAUGAGACAUAGACCCAUCAAAUCCAUUCAUUUAGGUCACACCUAAAAAAAAGCAUUGUAACUUCACAAGAUUGUCCCUAUGACAUAUAUUGGUGGUAUUUUUGUACUCAGAAGAUGUCGCUGGGCAUAAUCUGUUGUUUUUUUUUUUUAUCACAGUGGCAUACAUUAGUUUACAAAAUACCUAGCAAAAAAUGAAAUGUGAAUGUAAAAAAUGCAACAAUUUCUCCCCCUCCCCCACAAACUUUGAUGUAAAGUUGUAAAAAAUGGUGACAUGUUAAGGCACAAUAUACACCAUAAGAGAUACCCUGGAGUGCCUACUUUCACAAAUGGUAGACCUUCAUGCGGUAAUUUGAAGAGUCAAACUGCUACAAUACUGCAAAAUGAGACAUAGGCCCAUCAAAUCCAUUAAUCAAAAUUCGAACUGUAAAAACUGAAAUGGUCAUGUCUCUUACAUGGCACUGUAGCUUCACAGGAUAGUGUUUACUACAUACAUUGUUGUACUCAGAAGAUGUAGCUGAAAACAAUAUUGGGUUUUGUACAGGAUUAGCACAUCAGGUUUACAAAAUACAGUGGAACCUCGGAACUCAAACUUAAUCUGUUCCAGAAGGCUGUUUGAGAACUGAGUUGUUCGAAAACCGAAUAAAAAUUUUCCAUAAGAAUUAAUGUAAAUUAGAUCAAUCCGUUCCAGACCCCCAAAAGUACAGCAUUUUAACACCCAUUUUACAGUUUAAUAAUACCUUAAAUGCAUAAAAUCAUACAGAAAACCAAAAAAAAAAAACACAAUGUAAAUUAAAUGAAAAUGUAACUUCACUUUACCUGUCAGCUCUGUUUCCUGACAGAAUGGAGCUCUGUUCGCAGACAGAAUGGAACUCUGUUCGCUUUGUCUAGUGCUAGGAGGCCGAUGCAUUGUACCAACAAGGUUCCAAAGUGGUACCAACGAGGUUAAUGCUGUGUGAUUUUGUUCUAAUACCAAGUUUUGUUCUAAUAGAGAGACAUUUAUUUCUCAAAUAUUUAGUUUGAAUACAGAAUUGUUUGAGUACAGGAGCGUUCCAGCACCGAGGUUCCACUGUACACAUUUAAAAAAACCUUGUUAUAUAUUGGCAGUUAAAUGGCUACCUCAAAAGUGUCAAAAUAACCUUAAUAGGUAAAUAGCUUAAGAUUUCUACUUUAUAUAAAUAUAUACUUUUGUGUGGCAUAUUUAUUUUCUGUGAUGAUUUUUAAGUUUACAAGUUAAACAUGCCAAAUUUUAAAAUCGCUCCACAUUGAAAUUUUCGUUUAUUCCUUGUGCUUUGUUACCUGUAACUACCAAAAAUAAACUGAUAUCCUAGACGUGAUGUAUUCGGUAAAUCAGGAACAUAAAUAAAAAAAAUGUAAUAUUAAAUUUGUGGUUGGUGUAAUAAAUGAAAAAGAUGUAAAUUGCAGUUGAACACACACAUAGAAAAAAAAUGCAAAGAUGACUUUGGUCCUUAAGUGAAAAACAAGCAAAUAAAGCUUAGCCCUUAAAGGGGUUAAAAAGAAAUAUAUCAAUAUAUCACAAAAUAUAAAAUAAUACAAAAUUUAAAUAUUUUUCAUAAUAUAAAAUCAUUUUUUUUUUUUUUUCAAUUUGACAAUUUUUAUUUUAUCAAAGAACACAAUUGGGGGGUACAGAAAGGAAAAGGGGGAGGGUACGCAGUUAUGGUACAUUGUUCUCAUACACAUAUAAAUCAGGCGAAUCAUCAUAUUGCACAGUCCGGAGCCAGUGUUUUUUUUUGUUUUUUUUUUGCAGUUUGGCAAUUUUCGGUAAGGACACGGGGUACCAGGGAGAGACUAAGGGUGGUGAUAUAGUGAGUAUAUAUCAAUAUACGAUACCGGUGACACCCUAUCUACUCUCGUCUGCGUGUCGUCCUGUUAUAUCUGCAUGUACUGCUUGCGGUGUCUCAGUAGGAGGGGGAGUACAAAAAACCUACGUGGGGUCUCCUGUGCCGUGUAGGUGAGGUUUAAAAGAGCCUUUGACUGCGUAAAGGGCUGCCUCAUCCCUGAGCGGCUGCCCAUGGGGGGGGAAGGGAAGAGAGAUGGUGGAGGGUAAAAAAAACUAGGGGGUCGGUAUGUUCUUGCGGAUCCUCGCGUGUCUGGUUAUAUCUAAUUAUGUCGUUUUGAGCCUCACCCUGUCCCUCAUAGUCGUUGGUUCCCUUUUGGUUCUAUAUAUGACAUCCACAUUGCAUGAGCUGCAUGAGCUGUGGUGCAGCCUUUUCGUAUUUUUGUUUGUUUCCAUAUGGCCAAUUCAUAUUCCAGCGUGGUAGUUACCAUUGCGGCAACCUCUGGCACCGUAGGAAUAUUCUGUGUUUUCCAUUGUUUGGCUAACAUUGUGGUGGCUGAGGAGAGUGUGAUGAAGAUGAGUUUGGCUAUGCAGUGAGGCCCCUUUUGGUGUGAGUUUGAGUAGCAUGGUUUCAAUAUUGCUUUCCAGUAUGCACCCUGUGGCCCCCUGUAUAAGGUUCGCUAUUUGUUCCCAGUAGGACCGCACCAGAUCGCACGUCCACCAUAUGUGUAUUUGUGUGCCCUCCUGUGUCUGGCAUCGCCAACACCUGUCGCUUGUGUUUGGGUAUAUUGCUUUUAGGCGAGUGGGUACCAUAUACCACCUGUAAAGUAGUUUUCUCGCAGCCUCUUGAUGAGACGCGCAUGCGGUUAGUGCUUUAUGGUUGCUAUAAAUGCUAUCCCACUCUUCCUGUGUGAGUGUUCUGCCUAUGUCCUUAUUCCAUUCCGCUAUAAAGCGCCAGACCGGCUCCUUUGUUGGGGAGUUAAGGAGUUUAUAAGUGAGUGAUAGGGUGCGGCGGAUUGGUGUUAGGUGGAGGCACAUCUUUUCGAAAUGUGUGUGGUUGGUGUCGAACGACUGUGUAGGACUUUUUGUCCCCUUGUUGCUGGUUCUGUGAGAUGUGCUACUUGGUGGGCUGUGAGUUUGGGUAGAUCAAUCCCGUCUAGGUAGUUUUGUAUUGAGGUGUUUGUCGGCUGUGUGACAGACGUAUUAUCUUUUAAGUUGUAGAGGGAGCUGUAAUAGUUCGCAAACGCGUUACAUAUUUCCGUGGGCUGUAUCAGCUUCUGGCCUGUGGGGGUCAAUAGGUAGGGGAUUUUGGUUUGGGCUUGCCUGUCUCUGAGUCUCUGGGCCAGUGCUUUACUGGCUCUGUUCCCCAAUACGAAGGUUGUGGCUUUUAGUUUUUUAAUAGCGUAACUCGCUUUUUGGAAGUUUGCUGUGUUGAUGUGGCGUUGGAGUUUGGUUAUUUCUUCUUGUGUGCCUUUGGAGGGGGAGAUCUGGUUGCUUUUGUGGAGGUCAUGUAAUUUUUUCAGGUUUUGGAUAUGUGUUGUGUGGUGUGUUUUCUUGAGGUAGGAGGCUCUGCUGAUCAGCGGUCGUCUGAUCACCGUAAUAUAUUCCAGACAUUUUGUUCCAAUUGACAUACCAAUGUACAACAUAACAUAAAAAACAUUAACUUAGAACUGUAAACGGGUACCACUGUUGAGGUACCUAUGAAAAAACUAAUCGAAGGUGAAAAUUAACCUUCUUAGGUGGGGGUAGGUGGACGUGUUGGGCUAGGAUGGGCCCGGGAGAGGACGGCUACAAGAGCUCAGAGUCUCUCGAAUAGCACAAGGAGCUCUAAAGUUCUAGGGGUGGGUGAAUCGUUCACUCUAUUGUCAGGGUUGUCAUCCCGUGCCCUGGCCCCGUUAUAGCCCCCGAGACCAGUGCAACUUGGCGUGGGUCAGGUGUGGUGUAGGGGUUCGUCAGCAAUUGUAUGCAUUGGUGUGUUCAUACGUAUCCAUGCACUCAUACGCAUGCCUUAAAGCCCACUAGCACACACCGGGCCGUGCGCUCUCAUGCAUCCGUCGUUAUUAGUGGUAGAUUUUUUUUUUUUUUUGUUAAGAAAAAAAAAGAGGUUAUAGAUGGGUUGGUCUCCUGAGGUGGGCUGCUCUGUCGUGGAGUCCUGCUCUAAGUCUGGGGACCGCUUAGUGGGCGCCCCUGGGUUUGUGCGAGAAAUGACUCGAGCCGGGACUACGGGCUCCGGGGCACAACUGAGUUGACAUUAUGCUCCCCUUGUUCCCCUCCCCGUCACACAAACAGCGCCUACAGUCUCCUAUACGGGUACAAUUUGAAUAAGUGAUGCUAGGUACACAUUAGCCGGCUCGACCAGAGCCAUUGUUCAUUGUUACGCAUCUGUGUGUACUCAGUAAAGUCUGUUCGGUCCUUUUUGUCGUUAUUUUACUCACUGUCCCGAGGAUAGUAGCUGCAGUCGCUCCUGUGUGUUGGGGGUACACCUGGAUGCCUAAAGGUUGGGACGUGAGGUGUGCCUUCUUUGCUUGGCAGGUCUCCAUUCCUUCUGCAGCUUGUUCCCUUGGUCUUGUCCUGGCGGGGCAGAGGACUCCGCUAUGCCCCACGAAUGGAGAAGUUCCAUGCCUUCCUUGAUGGAGGUGACUGUGUGGAGUGUGCCGCCUUUGGCGAUCAUUAGCUUAAUUGGGUAUCCCCAUCUGUAGGGGAUAGAGUGUUGCCUGAGCGCCUCCGUGACAGUCCGGUAUGCUCUUCUUUGUCUCAGGGUUUCCGCGGAGAGGUCUGCGAAAAUUAGUAUAUCUUUGAACUUGGGCGGUAAAUCUUUUUUAGUGCGGUGCGUUUUCAUUAUCAGUUCUUUUAUAUGAAAGAAGUGUACUCGCAUGAGCACAUCCCUGGGGGUGGUUGGUGGGAGAUGGCUCGGUCUGGCCACUCUAUGGAUCCUGUCCAGGACUAACAUGUCCCCUGGUAUGUCCGGUAUUAUGGAGUGGAAGAACUCCGUUGUGAAGGCGGUAAGUUCAGUUUGUGGGACCUCUUCUGGGACCCCUCUCAGUCGGAGGUUGUUUCGGUGGGAGCGGUCUUCGAGGUCCAUUAGUUUAUGUUCAUACCGUUCCAUCCUGCCUUCCAUAUCCUCCAUUUUGUCCGCCAUGGUGUUGUGGGCCGCGGAUACCUCCUCCAUUUUGCUCUCGAGUUGCGAAGUCCGGUUCCCCAGGUCCAUCAUAUCUUUUUUUAGAUCUUCGAUUGCCUCUUUCACUGUAGCCUGCAUUUUGCCGGCUACCUCGUCUAGCAUUCGCUGUAAGACCACCGCAGUCACCGUUGCGCCGUCCAUAUGAUCACUGUCGGAGUCGGCGCCAUCUUGGGCCUGCAGGUCCGGCGGUUUGUGAGACGGUGUGCGUGCAGUGAAGAAGGCCGCCUUGUCUUUUGUCUCCGCCACCUUUUUAGAUCUGUUCUGUGACAUCUCGGGGGUAGUUGAGGGUCGCUUGUGUGCUUUAAGUCGCUGGUAAAUGCUUAUUUAGCAGCCGCCCAGACGGAGCUCUCUCAGUGCGCGUCCAUCCUGCUCGAGCGUCGGCCACGCCCCCCUAAUAUAAAAUCAUUUUAAAAGUUUAUCCAAACAUUUUUUUUUUUUUUUUGAAUUCUUUAUUUUAUUUGUGCAUGGAAUUUCACAUAAAGCAUACCGUGCCACAAUAGCCAGGGUAUGCAGAGUUAAACAAAGGUUUACAUUAAUUAGGCAGUGGAAAAAAAACUUUGCACAUUUUUUAAAAUUUUUUGAAACACUUAACGAGUUAUAUCUAGGUUGAUUGUUGUUAAACAGUAGAAACUGUAUUAGCGUAAGAUAGGCAAUAAUAGUGUUAAAGAACAUUGCAGGUUAGUUGUUCAAGCUUACGUUACUAUGUUCAUGGACUAGGAAGUCCCGCAGAGGGUAGCUUAGGCAAGCUAAGUAGACUGGUAUUGUUAGAGAGAUGAACCACAAUAUGCCUUCAUUGAAAUAGGGCACAAGAGUAAAUAUGAAAGGUCACAGGCAAUAUGACAAAUACCAAAAAGCGAAUGCCAUGUCAAAACGUAUUAUGGCUGCAGGAUUAUGUACAAUUUUUAUAGGUAGGCAUUGGUUAGGUAAGUAAUAGUAUGUGGUCUAAUAGCUGCUUCUAUCUCAUAGCUAACUGUAUCAGGCUAUACUGUAAUUACCCAAAUAAAUUGCUGACAUAGUGUAAGUUAUGUGAUCAUGUUAGGGAUAGGGCCCAUAAAUCCCCUGAAGAUAAAGAGUGGUGACUCGUAGCUGAGAAAGCCACCGGGCCCGGUAACCCUGCUAGGUCCCUGUCACUCGUUGCACAUAUUGAAUGGAGCGGGAAAAGAAAAGUGAGAGUGCACUGCGAGCAAUUCCCCUGUGUGGAUGCUGUUGUGCAAGGUGUUGUGCUGGAUCGGAGUUGCCGGUAGUAGGAGCGGUGUUGCAUACCUACGGGGGAGACUCUAUAUAUGUAUAUAGUAUGAACGGGGAGGAGAAAAAAAAAUAAAUUAUAUUCCUGAGGGGGGGGGGGGACCGUGGCGGGUACCUUCCACCAAUCUAAGGGAGGUUAAUAAGCGGUGUAUGCUCAGCUUGUGAGUGGGUAUCUGGGUUUAAGGGCCUUGUGUGGAUCGGGCUGCCAGAGUGUGUGGGUCCAGUACUGGGCCUAUGAUAGGCUGUCUCUCAUAAAGUCAGGUCUUGGUAUUGUCCUGUAAGCCCUGGGCGGCCUGUCUGGGUACAAAUUCCGCCGUAGUUUCCGGAUUCCAUCCGUGGGUUGGUCGCUGUGCUGCCUCCGGUGCUUCGGUGGGUAGGAGGUGUUGGGGAAUGCCCAGUUUCUGCAGGAGCGUUUUGGCUUCUUGGAGGUCUCGGAUGAUGUGAGUUGUAGUCCCAUGGGCGACUGACAGGGCAUGUGAGGGUCGCCAUCUGUAGUUAAGGUUAUGCUUCUGUAGGAGGAUAGUAAGCGGGCGCAGCUCCCGACGCCAUGCCAAGGUACUGCUGCUCAAAUCCGCAUAAAAGGUUAGGUCCAUGCCUUCGAAGGAGUAAGGUGAGUUGCCGCGUAGUGCAUUUAGGAGGGUUGCUUUGUCUCUCCCUUUAACGAAUUGUACGAUCAAGUCCCUCGUGGCAGAGGUUGGUGCCUGGGCAGGUUUGGGCACCCUGAAUAUGCCCUCUAUCUCUAAUGCUUUGGACAGUUUGGGUGUGAGCAGGGCCGCAAGUAGUCUCCUUACCACGUGCGGGAGCUCCGCUUCGGGUACGUUGUCGGGGACCCCCCUGACCUUUAUGUUAUUCCGACGGCGGGAGUCUUCAAGGGCUGCAAAGCGCCUUUCAUAGGAGCCGUUUAGUGUUCGCAGGUCUCUGACCUCCUGCUGGAGGGUGGUGAUCUGCUGUUUGGCUGAGAGUGAGGUGGUUUCCAAGGCUCCUAUCCUGCCAGUCAGGCCUUUCAAGUCUUGGCGUAUUGUGGCCAUGUCUGCCUGGAGGUUCUUUUGUAAAUUCGCCAGCAGUUCUUUCAAGAGUGCGGCCGUCACAGAAGCGGUGUCCGGCUGUGCUGUCGGGAUCCGCGGCGGGGGAAGCGCCGUAGCAGGUGUGUAGCCCUCAUCGGUUCCACAAGAGAAGUCGUCUGAGAGGUCUGAGCAAUCCCCAGCAAUGGCCGCCAUCCCAGGCCCUUGUGCGCCACGAGCCUGCCGCCACAUCUCUUCUAUGUUCAUGCCCGUUCGGGGCGCUUCUUGUCUCGCUUUUUUUGUUUUUUUCCCCAUCUGGGUUCAGGGCACCCGGGGGAGCUGUCGGGCCCUGUUGGUCCCGUCUGGGUAUCAGAAAAUAGGGUUUUUUCAGCUUUGCGGCCCGGAGCUCCAGACAUGUGCGACCGUCCGCUUUGGCAGUCAGACUCCGCCCCCUUAUCCAAACAUUUUAAAGCAUUUGGAAAGCCAUAACAACAAUAUUAAAUACAGGCCGUAAUGUCAAAACAAUUUUAACAUUUUAUAAUGUUUGCACACUUGCUUUGAUGUUGGACUAGUUCACAAUUUAAACAAAUACAAAGAAACUAACAAAUGAUGAACAAAGAAACUAACAAAUAAUGAACACAGACUGGAAUAGACUGGAAUCUUAGAAGGACUUCAUGUAAGAAUGUAACCCGUGUGUGGUGCAUUCCUGGUCUUAUAUUUUCCACUUUCCUUUAGGAAAUAGAAGGCCUUGAAGUGAUUGGACGGGGGAAUUGUUUCACAUCUAUGUCUUCUGAUUUUCUGCUGGAUACAAAUGAAACGGCUGACAUUUCUUUAAAAGAAAACAAGUGAGUUCAAGUGAAAGUUUUUGUAUGUUCAUUAAUACAAUAUUCGAUAUAGUCUUGUUCUUCACAUGCAUUUUUUUUCUCCAUAUUACAGGGACAUGCUCAAGGAUUUCCCCAAUGUGAUACCAGAUGUCGUGCUCGGUCCCUCUCUUCUUUUUUGUGGGCAGCCAGCAAACUGGAUUGAGGAUAUGUUGUCUCAUAGAGUAAUAUAUGUACACAUAUUUUUUUCCCUUUUUAUUUUACUUUAUUAAAAAGGAAAAGGGAAAAGCAUUGCAUGGCUUUUUAAAGGGACACUCCACUGCCCAAAUACAAUCAAAGUCACUGUUUAGAAGAUCUACCCCAAAAUAAAAAACAUGCAUGCAUCUGCACGAGAGAUACAGCAACUCUGGCCGAUUGUUUCACCAUUCUUUGGGCCUGAUCAGCACAGUGUAGCUGAUAUGUCUCUAGGCACAGUGAGCAAGAGGGUCACACCUGGAUUAUUCGUUUAAUUUGGGAAGAGAUGAAACAAUUGUCUGGGGUUUCUGUAUCUCUUGUGCAGCAGUGAGUGGGAUCAGUCCUACAUGCAGAUGGUUUAUGUUCUCUCUGUAAUGGCACAUGGGUAGCUAAAGCUAGCUUGAGAUCUGAGUGGGGACCCACCGAAGGGCAAGCUACAUAAGCUAUUGUCCAUUCUCAGUAUUCUUUUGCGACCUGUUUUUUUAUUUUUUUUCUGUUUGUUCUCCCUUAGUUUUUUUUUGGAAUUUACUUUUUAUUGUAUUUCAUAAUAUAAGGUAGGGGGGAUACAGAAAAAAAAAGGGGGAAGGGUACAAAAGAAGGCAUGGUUAUCGUAUUACAUAUCUUGGAAUAAGAUCUUCUAUUAUACUUAUAGUAAAAAUUACACAUUUAUUUUUAACAUAUUUAACUGUUGAAGUUAUAUAUUACAGCAUUCCUUUUAAUCAAAAGUAUUAAAAAAAAAAAAAGUAAUUCCCUUUGACAAAUCUCCUUAUUACUGGGAAACAGCUAAUAAGAGAUCAAUUAUUAUUUUAACAAGACUUAUAUUAAAUCUGAGUCUUUUUGAAAAAGAAGAAAAAAUAAAAAUAAAAAAAAAAGGGAGGAAGGGGGAAAAAAAAAACAUUGAAAAGAAAAGGGGGGACAAAGAUUUCCUGAUACAGCUAACAUGUAAACCAAUUGCUAAUUGUCUAAUAUAUAUAUAUUCUACGUCUACAUAUGAUCAGGGUUUACAUGUUCUGUAAUGUCAUGUAGGUAUGCUGGGUUAGAAUCAUAGUUAAUUUAAUAUAAACUCAAUAGUUUAUUUGAAGCGUGGACUCCAUUUUUUUUAUCUCGAUGUAUAUAACCAAAAAAUAUUCUCGUUUAAUAAUUUGCACAUUUAAACGCCUCAUUUUAAUGCUUUAUAGCUGAAAUGAUACCAAAUUAAUGAUCUAUUAGUUUACAUUUCUUGCUCAGACAUAUACCGAAUUAAAAUAUUCCAUGAUGUCAUAUUAAAAUUUUAGAUGUAUUUAUAUAAGAACAUUAAAUUGUUCAAUGCAGAGACCUCAUAUGUUAUCUAAAUGUUCCUGGCUAAUUCUCAUAUGUAGAUUGAAGGUAUGUUCGCCACAUUUGGGCUGUAUGGGUGCUCAAUUUUCCUAUUUUUCUUUGGUUUCACAUUAAAAGUUCGUAUUCUACUGUAGAAGACAUUACGUCUUCAAUUUCCUGUAACAAAGGUAAAUCAUUAGUCUUCCAGUAUCUAGCAAUUAGUAUAGACCCUGUACUCAGUAGAAGGAAUAUCAUUUUCUUGGUCACUUUAGGGAUAUUGGUUGGAAGUGAUCGAAGGAGUAUUGUUUUUGGAUCAUGAGAUAAAUGCUGGUUUGUAAUUUGUUUUAUUAUUCUUUCAAUAUUCUUCCAUAAUACAUUCACCGCUUCGCAUGUCCAGCAGACAUGUAACAUGGUGCCUUUAUCUGUGUGACAACGCCAACACAUGUCCGAUGUUACAGGGAACAUAGUAUGUAGACGCACAGGAACCAUGUACCACCUGUACAUUAUUUUCCUUGAUGCUUCAAAAUCCCCAGUGCUAGUAGUUAGUCCGGUCUGAGCGUUAAAAAUAUGUUCCCCUUCCCUCAAAGGAAUAUUCACUUGGAGAUCUUCUUGCCAGUCUUGUAUAAAUUUCCAAUUUGCAUCUGCAACAGGAUUAGCUAGGGUUUGAUAGCAUAUAGAUAAUGACCUUUUCGGAGAGCACAACGACAAACAUUUCUCUUCAAACUUCUUUAUGGAAGAUUGCAUUGUAUCUGCUCUUAUACAGACUUUUUCAAUGUCUAGAAUCACUUUGAUUUGAAGAUAUGCGAAUGUAUAGCUCGCCGGUAAUGAAAACUCCUUUUAUAAAUUCGAAAAAGAUUUUAGACCCUCUAUAGUGCAUAGGUGAAAUACAUGUGUAAUUCCUGCUUUUUCCCAUUUCUGAUAUGGGAACAUCCCAUUACAGGAGUAUGACAUUUUGAUUGGAGUCGCUAGAGCCCAUGGGUAAGCCGUGCAUAAUUUAUCUCUGUAGGUAUCCCAGAUUUUAAGUAGGUGUUUAGUGGAGGGCAGCAUAUUUGAGCUUACUUGUCUUAAUUGUUGAGGUUUCCAUAAUAAUGUCGAGAGAUCUUGUGAUCCCCAGUACAUAUUUUCUAUUGCCACCCAUUCAGGGGUAUAACUGGUUGAAUGGGCGCUGAUAACGUUCAUAAGUAUCGCAGAAUGAUAAUAUGCUUUUAUAUUUGGUAUCCCCAUACCUCCAUUUUUCACACUUCUCAUUAAUAAUGUUUUAGGGACUCGCGGGUGUUUACUGCCCUAACUAAAACGUACCAUAGUUGCUUGAAUACAUGUUAUAUAUGAAGUAUCAUAUGCAAGGAUCUAAAGAGAUAUAAAAUCUUCGGUAGGAUUGACAUUUUAAGUGCUGCUAUUUUCCCUACCCAAGAUAAAUACAGGUUCUUCCAUGAUUUUAGUUGGUUAUCAAUUUCCUUCAAUAACUUUGUAUAAUUAGCUGAAAAAAUAUCUUUUUCUUUUUUAGUUAUUCUGAUACCUAAAAAUACUAGAUGAUCUUCUCUCGUAGCGGUAACUUCCCUUCAGUCUUUCAUCUGUAAAUUUAGAUGUGUUGAGACACAUUGCUUGGGUUUUUGUUAUGUUUAGCUUAUAAUAUGACUGUUGACUAUAGGACUGCAAUUCUUUAUGUAAUGAUGGAAGCGUUAUGAAUGGUUGAGUAAUUGUUAGAAGAAUGUCGUCAGCAAAUAAGCUGAGUUUAUAAUCCUUGUUACCAACUGACACCCCGUGAAUGUUUUCAUUGUUCCGUAUAGAUAUGGCCAGAGGUUCUAGAGCCAACACAUAAAGAAGGGGUGAUAAUGGGCACCCCUGCCGGGUCCCAUUGGUAAUACAGAAAGCCUGUGACCUAAAUCCUGAGUAGAGCACUGUUGCUGUUGGUGCACUAUAAAGAGCUUCAACUGCUGAGAUAAAAAAAGGUGGAAGUCCAUAGGCCAAUAAUGUUUUGUGUAGAAAGUCCCAGUUCAGCCUAUCAAACUCCUUUUCGGCAUCAAGAGAUAUCAUAAUGCUUUCCUGUUUGAUAUACUGUAACAUCUUAUAUAAGUUCAACACCUUCCUAGUAUUGUCUUGUCUCUGUCUGCCCGUCACAAAUCCCACUUGAUCCGUAUGUAUUAAUGUAGUAUAAUAUUUUUAAGUCGGUCUGGUAAGAUCUUAGCAUAGAGUUUUGCAUCUGCGUUUAAUAAAGAUAUAGGUCUAAAAUUUUGACAAACCGGUAAGGGUUUCCCAGGUUUGGGGAUAGUAAUGACAUGGGCAGACAGGAACUCAGACGGAAAGGUACCUAUUCUGCUAGCAUUAUUAAAAAAGCUAGUAAGAGCUGGGGCUAAUUCAUGCUUAAAGAUGUUAUAAUAUACAUUAGUAAAGCCAUCUGGCCCUGGUGCUUUCUCUUUCGGCAUCUUGUCUAUUUGUUGAAGAACUUCUUCUAUAGUGAUAGGUACGCAAAGCUUCUCUGACAGGUUUACAGCUAUUUUUGGAAAAGCAAUCUUAGACAAAUAUGAACGAAUAGUUGUGGAAGUAGGAAUUAACUGUGUAUUCUGAUCCUUUAGGUUAUACAAGGUGUUAUAAUAAUGUGCGAAAACAUUACAUAUUUGUAUAGGUUGCAUGACUUUAUGGCCCAAAUGUGUAUUGAUGAAUGGAAUCCUUGUCUGGGCCUGCCUAUUCCUUAUUCUUUUGCGCUAAUACUUUUGUAGCCUUAUUUCCCAGUGAAUAAGAUGUCGCUUUAAGUUUUUUCAAUGCUAUAGUAGCUUUCUUAAACUGAAUUGAUUUAAUGUCUUGUUGAACUAUCAUUAUUUGCUGUUGGAGAGCUUGAGAUGAAUUUACUUGAUUGGCUCUAUGAAGAUCUUGCAGUUUUCUCAGUAAAUUAAUUAAUGAUGUAUGGUUUGUUUUCUUAAUAUAGGAUGCUCUACUCAGCAAUGUGCCCCGAAUUACAGAUUUAUGUGCUAACCAGAGUGCCGCCGGAUUUGUAUCCUCAUUAUCAUUGCUCUCAAAAUAUUGCUGUAUUUCAUUGCGUAACAUAUCCUUGAAUGUAGUGUCGUUAAGCAACUGUUCAUUCAGUCUCCAUGGGCUUCUAUCUUUAUACUGAUAUGAAUCUAAGAGCGUGAGUGUAACUGGGUUGUGAUCAGAUUCUGCUGAAGUACCGAUCUCACAGGUACUAACCAAAUCCAAAUGUGUACUGAGCAUAAGAUAUCCAUCUAUACGUGAAUAUGUAUUAUGCACUUGUGAGUGAUGUGUGUAUUCCCGAUCUUCUGGAUGAAUCGUUCCCCAUAUGUCAUAUAGACCAUGAGAAGCUAAUAUUUUAUUAAAGGACCACUCUAGGCACCCAGACCACUUCAGCUUAAUGAAGUGGUCUGGGUGCCAGGUCCAGCUAGGGUUAACCCAUUAUUUUAUAAACAUAGCAGUUUCAGAGAAACUGCUAUGUUUAUGAAUGGGUUAAGCCUUCCCCCAAAGCCUCUAGCGGCUGUCUCAUUGACAGCCGCUAGAGGCGCUUGCGUGCUUCUCACUGUGAAAAUUACAGUGAGAGCACGCCAGCGUCCAUAGGAAAGCAUUGAUAAUGCUUUCCUAUGCGACCGGCUGAAUGCGUGCGCAGCUUUUGCCGCGCAUGCGCAUUCAGCCGACGGGGCGGUUCGGAGGAGGAGAGCUCCCCGCCCAGCGCUGGAAAAAGGUAAGUUUUUCCCCCUUUCCCCCUUCCAGAGCCGGGCGGGGAGUAUGUUUUCCUGGCACUAUAGUGGUCCUUUAAGGGAAGUGCAUUGUUUUUGCAAGAAUUUUUUCCUUUUAUGUGUAUGCAGAGCUGUUGAAUCUGCAUUAGGUUCUAAUAUAUGGUUAAAAUCCCCACAUAUGAUCAAAAUACCUGUUCGAGCCUUCUCUAUUUUGUCUAGAAGAGUUAGCAUAUAGCUGGGCUGAUUUUUGUUUGGAAAAUAGCAGUUAACUAUUGUGUAGGCAGUAUUAUUUAAUGUACAAAUAAGGAUAAUAAAUCUGCGUUGCGGGUCCAAUUGUACAUUUAUUUAAUCAAAAGCUAGUGCUUGACUCACCAAUAUUGAAACUCUUCUACUUUUAGUUGGAGAUGUGGCAUGAUAUUGGUGGGGAAAAUUUUUGAAACCUAAUAUAGGAUUAGAACCAUGUUUAAAAUGUGUCUCUCUCUUGUAGACAUAUUAUAUCUGCUUGUGAAAUAUGGAGUUCUUUGGAUAAAAUGUAGUGCUUAUGAGGUAUAUUUAAUCCUCUAACAUUUUGCGUAUACAAUUAAAUUUUACUUAUUUGUUAUAUACAAUUUUGACUUGUUGACUGUGCUAACCCAGGAAAUCAAUGCUAUGAGUCUACACAGAGAGAGAGAGAAAAAAAAGAAAAAAAAAAAGGGGAGAAAAACAAACUUAAUUUUUAAAAAGGGGGAACGACCAAUAAUGGUCAACUUCAAUAAUAUGUGCCCAAAACUGGCACUUCCUAGUUGGGGGUAAUAUGAACGAAUCCGAUUAAGCGAUUGGCAGUCCUGCGCUGAGUAGAUUUGCGCAGCCCUCAUUAAAGAUAACAUAGCAAGGAAUUAGAAAAUAAAGAAAAAAGGCUUCAUACUUAAUGGAUAUAAACAGACGAGACGGCAUUUGAGGUUGGGGAAAUUUAUACUUAAUAACCUAGCACUAAUUAUGGUUAUAUACAUAGUGUUCUGUUACCCUGACACGCUUCCCACCUUAACAUUCCAGAAGUAAUAUGAUGCAAAUUACCCCAACCAAAAUCAUUCUCUGAGACUUUUAAUUUUAAAACUUUUACGUUUCAAAACAUUAGUAUACCUUGUAGUGUCCUUUAAUUAUAAUAUAAUAUAUCUUAUAGGACAAUUAUAUCAAGCACACCACUAUAAUGUAGUUCAAAUUAUUCUUUACUACCUAUAAUUUGUAAAUUAAUAUUAAUAAUCCAUCAAGGUAUGUACCUUGUUGGAUUUCCUUUUGUUUAAAAUAAAUUACAAUGGUAGUUAACAAUGAACUAAUAUAUUAAUAAUUGCCACUCCAAGCAUAUUUGAUUAAAAGACGGUAUAUGACUUACAGCAACUAUCUAAUAAUAUUAUUUUUGAACAUACCUCUAUUGUCAAAUUCAAUAAGCUGUAGUUGUUCUGGUGACUAUAGUGUCCCUUUAAAGGAACGUCGUAAUGUUAGGAAUCUAAACAUGUAUUACUAACACUAUAGUUUUUCACUACCUAUUUAGGUGUCCACUGUCCUCCUCUGAAGGUCUAAAAGGUGAAUAUUACCUACCUCACCUUGCUGGUCUUGCUGUGACCGCUUCACCUUCUUGGCUGAGAUCAUCAAUAUUGAUGAUCUCAGCCAAUCUAAUGCAUCUCAUUAGGAAAGCUUUGGGAGGCUAGUGCGCAUGCUUGGCAUGGCAAAUCACCAUGCUGCACCAAUCAAAUGCUGCUCUAGAAGUAAUGGUGAAGACAUGCCAUGGAGACAGUCACUAGAGGUGUGUUUAGCCCUGCAAUGGAAACGUUGCAGUUUCUACAAAACUAAUGUUUUACAUUGUAGGGUCAAAAUUAAAAAGCCUCUGCGCCCAUUGAGGUUAAAUUGUCUUGGUGCCUUGAGUAGUCCUUUAAGAACAGUUUUUUUGUUACAGAGGAAAAAAGAGGCUUUGGGAUAAAGUAGAUCUACAUUUGUUUGGUAUGAAAUAUUAUUUGAAUUAGGCAUCGACAAGCCAAGAUCGUGAAAUAUUGUUUACUGUAGGAAAUUUUGCUUAUCCCUACACAUGUUUAUUUACAAUCCUUUGUGUGUGUUUGAUUUCUGGUUUUCCAGGACAAAGUUGGAAUCUGUGUUCGCAUUACUUUUGAAACACUUGCUGGUGAUAAAGCAUCAGCUGCUAUAGAGAUUGUUAAUAAUGGAAGUGCAGCCAUCUGGUAUGAAUGGAGAAGGCUGCCAAGCAAUUCCAGCCUGGAAAGACAUCACAAAGAAUCCCACGUUCAACGAUUCUACUUCAACGCUUGUGCUGGUUAGUAUGAGAGACUGCACAGAUCACCUCCAUGCAGUUCAGGUAUUUAAUCUCAGGCAGGUGAAAUAGUUGUCGCUGGCAUCUGUAACGAUUUCCCUGUGCUGCUCUAACAGUAAGACUCUCCACUUAACUCAUUCACAACCAACACUAUCAUUCAAGAUUAAAACUUCACAGCACACCGAACCAUAACACCUAUAACUAAACAGGAACCACUACACUACAAUAACCAUUCACACCUACACUACCCUAACAUACAAACUCUAACUUUCACAUAAAAUUAUAAUGUAAUUAAAAAGAUACAUAACAUUGAAGCAUGUCUUGGGAAAUUUAAUGCCAUCUCACAGUUCAUAAAAAACAAGACUGAAGAUCUUCACCCAAUGGGUGUAGACCAGAUCUGGAGCAGAGAAGAAGAUACGUAGAUGGUUGGAAGAAAGGGGGAUUAAAGAAUACAUUUCAUUUGUCAAUUUGUUUCCGUGGUUUAUAGUUUAUAUUUGUUUUUUGUUUUUUUAAGGUGUUAUAUUGCCUGGGAAAACACUGCUCCUGCCUUUCCAUUUCAAAUCUUCAACUGCGGGCAUAUUUAUGGAGAACUGGGAAUUGUGUACCCACCCGGUGUUACUGGCUGGUGCUAUGCUUCAGGUUUCUCUUUGGGGCGUUGCUCUGUAUGAAGACAAAACAUCUGCAGUACGUGAAGCUCUAGAAGUAAGUCAUGUCUUAUGUUUGUGAAUAUUUUAGGAUUCAUGAUUUCUGAUGACUUAAAGGUAGGCAGACAUGUAAUAUAGCAGCAGGAAAUGCUAGCAGAAUGCUUGGUUGUAUAGGGAGAGGUAUUAGCAGUAGAAAGAUAGAAGUGCUCAUGCCAUUGUACAGAAUACUGGUGAGACCUCACUUGGAGUAUUGUACACAGUACUGGAGACCGUAUCUCCAGAAGGAUAUUGAUACUUUAGAGAGAGUUCAGAGAAGGGCUACUAAACUGGUUCAUGGAUUGCAGGAUAAAACUUACCAGGAAAGGUUAAAGGAUCUUAACAUGUCUAGCUUGGAGGAAAGACGAGACAGGGGGGAUGUGAUAGAAACAUUUAAAUACAUAAAGGGAAUCAACACAGUAAAGGAGGAGACUAUAUUUAAAAGAAGAACAACUAUCACAACAAGAGGACAUGGUCUUCAAUUAGAGGGGCAAAGGUUUAAAAUUAAUUUCAGGAAGUAUUACUUUACUGAGGGGGUAGUGGACGCAUGGAAUAGCCUUCCAGCUGAAGUGGUAGAGGUUAACACAGUGAGGGAGUUUAAGCAUGCGUGGAAAAAUGCAUAAGGAUGUCCUAGACUUAAGAAAAGGUCAUGGACUAAUUAAAAUAUUUAGAAAAUCAGGCAGACUUGAUGGGCCAAACGGUUCUUAUCUGCCGUCACAUUCUAUGUUUCUAUUUUCAUGUGUUUUGAAGUCAUAAUUUUGUGUGACUGUUUGCAGAUGUACACCCGAUGCACACAAGUACAAUGUUACACCGCAACAUUAUUGAGAAUCUCUUUGAUUUUGCUUAUUUUAGUCUUUGUAAUUUGUUUAAAUAAUUUUCUUUUUAUCACAUUAAUAUUGAUAUACAAGUAUUGCCAUAUAAAAGUUCCUGUCUAAUGAGCAAAAAAAGUCAGCAUCAACAAUUAGGGGGGCAUAGGAAGAAGGGAAAGAAGAAAUGGAUAAGAGAAUUAAUAAAGAGAGAGGCUGGGGCAUGACUUUUGGAGCCUAAUGACACCUUCUGUAAAAUUAUAUUGCAGUAGGAAAGGGAUGCUUCCCUAAGGAUUUUCAUUUUGUCAUGGAAUGUUAUUUAAUAGGUUACUCGGAGGGACAAGAAAUUGCAGUCUAGUAUGUUUCACUGAAGGCAAUAAUAUUUGUAUAUGUUAAAUUCAAUGAACUCCUUAGAGGGUCACUCUAUGCACUCUAGUUUCUACAGGUCAGUACAAUAGUUAUGGUGCAGAGAGGCUGUAGGUACUAUCCCAAUUCUCUUCCUUUCUAAUCAUUUGGAGACACAAUAAGAAAAAAAUUGCAAACACCAUAAACCACUACAGAGUGCCCUGGCACGCCCCAGCGUAUGUUUUAGAAGAAAUAGACUUCUUACCCGUGGUUAACUGGUCUCUGCUCCGUGCCUCUGAGCUAAGUCCUGAAGUGGAAGACAUAGAAACAUAGAAUGUGACGGUAGAUAAGGACCGUUUGGCCCAUCUAGUCUGCCCAUUUAAAGAAAAAAAAAAUGUAAACUUUAAAAAAAAGGUUAUAAACCUUUGACCCAGUGCUUCGACAAUUACAGUCCAACAAAAACAUUUCAACCAGGUUUUAUUGGUUUGGUGAUAAGUACACCGACACUAUGAACAAGCUGUACAAUUAGUUCUUCUUAUUAAAACUCUAGUUAGAAUUGGAAAUCUAGAAUAAAACCAUGUAGUUCAAUGUAUUUGAAUCCGUAUUGUAGUGGCUUUUCCAGCUUUCAGUUAAAACAAAGCCGAUUUGUGGAAAAAAAAUCUAGCCCCCCUCGUACUAGCAUCUAGGAUGCUUUAAGUACAACUCAUUCUCUCCCAAGGAGGCCAGCAGAAAUUUUUAGCCACCAUAGGAGGAAAAUAAAUAAAAAGAAACAAAAAUAAAAAAGUUUAGAAGAUAGGCAUCCGUCAUGCUUUGCUUGCUAGUACUUUACAUAAAAAAUAAAAUAAAUGAGUAACAUUGUCACACAUAGUACACAAUUCUUAGAAGAAUAUCCAUCGCCAGGGGAGUUUAUUAAGUUGUAAAAUUGGACGCAAGAGAAGGGGUAUAGAACAGUUAAAAUGUUAAGACAUUAAACAUAAAAAUGUAACCUUUUGUUGUGCAUGAGAUAACAAUAUGCUUACUCAGCCACGAUAGCCGUUGUAAGCGGUAACAGGCAUAACAAUCAAAACAUGACCAAUUAAUAUACAGCAUAAUUUUACAUUUUGUUGAGAGAAAACGUAGACAGUGGAUAUAUAUAACAUGGAAUGCAACUCGCCUUCUUCCAAUAUAGCAUAUGUCGUGCUAGACAACUGGCAUUUUUUUAAAAAGUGUUGUGUAUCAUGUCAGGUUACUCUUACAUUAUUAAAGACGGAUGUACCGUGCCAGAUAACCUGCACAAGUUUUUUAAAAAUAACAUAGGAUAUGUUGAUAGAUUUCACAAGCAUGGUGUCAGAGUCUGUACUAGAUAUAUGGCAUAUAGACAUCUAGCACAUAUUUACAAUGAAUACAUCAUGUUAAAAAUGUAACAGUUUUGAGUACCAUUCACAGCUGUCAACCGUUUUACAAGCAACGUGCGAAAGGCAGGUUUCAAACAGUCAUCAUCACAGGCAUCUCAGUAUGCCAGCCUAAGAUGCACUCCCCAGAGUUAAAACAUGUAACGCCCCCCCCCCCCAGACAGCUGAAAACUGGUACUGACUGCUAACCUGUUCUUAGGAAAUGCAAUAAUUCCAUCCAAAUAAAAACAGAACGAAAAAACAAAUAAAAUAAAAACAUUUAAAAUAAAAUAUGUGGUGGGUAUUUUAAAAAUGUGUUUUCUAGAAUUAAACUACUAAAAAACUUGCAUUUACAAAAUAGUUGAUGAAAAUAUUCCUCUGAAUUGUUCAAGGGAGGUACAGGAACCACUGAUAAAAGACUCGUUACAAGAUGAAAGUUAUUCAGACUUUGAUUCUAGCUCAUUGGCUGAAAGCGCUUGCUGAUUGAUCUCAGCCAAUAAGAUAAUCCCUAAUAAGCAAAAAGUCAAACCGUUAUAAGACACUUUGACUACUUAUGUUGGGAGAGUAACAAGAAAAAGGAAACUCAAAAGGCUGGAAAGUGGGAGGGGAGGAAAAGACACUCCCGUAUCCCACUGCCGAGCCUCCAGAGUAUAGAGGUCACCUGGACUGGUAAAAGGGGGUAACCCUGGAAAUUGUAGAAAAAAGGAAGAAAAAAACCCAAAAAGGGAUGUCUUAUAUAAAGACCGCCCAGAGGGUAAAUACCCAGUCCAAUCUCAACAGUAGUGUAGUUGCCAAAAAAUAAAAAAGCCUUUAUUGAAAUCUAUUAAAAAACCUGGGUAAUCAGUGAUGGACAGAAUAAUAUAGGGAGAAAUAUGUAUGGUAGGAACAAGGCUAAUCAAGAGCCAACCCUCACAAGAAACGGAGAGGGGAUAGAAGGCAAUAUGUACCCCCAUACAUAACUCAGGUAACAAAGCAGUAGGAAAGAACAGGGAAAGGGAGAAACACACACUCCCAACCAAACAGUAGUGCUAUGCUAAUACCCUAUCUCCUAUAAAACACCUUCGUGGGUGUUCUAAUCUAAAUGCUGUCAUAACAUCUGAAGCCCCAGGUUACACACACAUACUAGAAAAACAUAAAUGAAAAGGUGCUCAGAGCAAAGUGCUCAAGAGGGUAUUAAAAACACAGAAGAACCCGACGUACGUUUCGGCGUGACCACACGCCGUCCUCAGGGGUAUCAGCAGUGAGCAAAAAACUGUCCGGGUGGUAAAUUUAUACCUUAAGCUCAUAAGCUUUAUUGUAAUCACCUAUGAUUGUGUCUAAAUUGCUCCGGUCCUCCUUAUGUUGGGAGAGUGUCAGGACACUUGUGGCAUCAUAACCUAUAGCUCACUGUAGUGGUUAUGGUGCCUGUAGUAUUCCUAUAACUUCAUUGACAAUUGAGAGUUUACACACCUGCAUUUUUAGUGUCAUUUCCAAGCAACCUGGAUAUUCUGAGAGCACUGAGGUUUUUUAAAGCCCUAAAUUACACCUGCCUCGCUGUUGACAGCCAGGUGGUCGCUCUUCCUCACUAACCUUGAGUGCUGAUUCAAAGCAGAAAUUAGGGCUUCUCUUAGAGAAGCACUAAAUUUAAAGGGACAUUCAACUGCCCCCAAAAAAUAUAUAUCUAAAAACAACUUGAAAAAGCAACAUUUCCCUGUCUGCUUCUUUUGCCAGCCCUCCUCUGCUUCCCCAGCCCAGACUUUCCAAUGCUGUUCAAUUAGAAAUCUUUGCAGGGCAGGUGCUUUGGGCAGUUGCCUGCCUCUUGAGUUUAGCUCCACUAAGCUAAACAAAAGCUAAACAAACCAGAAAGUAACAGGACCUGUUGCCUGCUGAAAGCCAGAGGGUUGUAAAAAGGUUAAAGUUAGAGUGUGAAAUUGCCUCAUAACAGGGCAGCAGGACUUGUGACUAUGUGUGUAACUUACCUAACCAGUCUAUCCAAGUUGUCUAUAGUCUGUAUGUACUGAGACCAGUGGUAAUGCUGGUCUCAGUGCUAAUGCUACUUAGAGUGAUCCUUUAAUAUUGCUGAGCCGCAGUGAUCUAGAGAAAUAUGUCAACGUGGAAAAAAUACUUAAAAUUUGCCAGAUAACCAACCACUUUAGGUCAUGCUUAGAUAUUAGAAAAUACAAUAAUUGCUUUCUUUUCCUCGCUCUUUGAGUAAUAUUUGCUACAAAUUGAUCUGUAUUGAUCUGACUGGGAAAGUUCACCUAACCCCCCAAUUUGGAAGAGGGUUCCGACACAUUAUAGUCGAGAGUACUGGCGUUCUGACUGUAUUGUAACAUUUGAUGUGUAAGUCUGUACUUGAACAGUAAUACGAGAUUAAUAAUUUAAUUUUCAAGAAAUGUCCAAUGUGUAUUUUGUAUAUUUAUAUAAAUAUAGAAAUUCAAUUGCUCUUCUGUAAAUAUUAUGCCACCUUCUCCCAUUUUUUUUUUCUCAGAAUGAAUUGCUAGCCCAGGAAUCUGUACUAGUUGCCCAGGAACUUGUGCGGGAGUUGCUGAAUGGCGUUCGUACCCCUGAGAGGCCACAAUCUCCACUAACAUGUGUCACUGAGGAAGAAAAGUUCCAUUUAGUAAACCCUAAGGUGCGAGAUGUAUUUACAGUUUUAAGCAGACUGAAAAUUGUGUGUGUACCACAAAAGUCAUUUACCGUAAUUUAAUUGCAGAUCACUUUUUGAAAUACUUAAUACUUUUAAUAGCAAAAAAUGUAAUAUUUUCAUAGCAAAAUAGAAAAGUUGGAUAUAUUUUUCCAAUUCUGCUAUAUUGAUUAGCAGUUCUUUCCUAUUCCUAUAAUGAAUAAUUCUCUAAUUGUGAUUGGUCAUUUUCGCUUGCUCUGUAUAAUUACUUUAUUAUGUUAUCAUUUUUUUCGUAUAGCUAUAUUAUAAACAACAGACUGUACAAGAGCUGCACCAGUUAUGGAAGGAUUGUAUUGCCACACUUGACUCAGAAAACCAAAACCAUGAAAAUUUUGAACACGAAAUGCCACUGGAAUCUACCACUUUACACCGAGGCAUUGAAGGCACUCAGGGUUCACAGGCAGAGAACGUGAAAACUGAUUCUGCCUGGAAUCUAUCAGUAAUGGAAAUCAAACAGGUAUGCAUUCAAUAUACAAACCGGGCCACUAUUUGGGUUAUUUGAGUGACGCUCCAGCCCCAGACUUUGCACAAUGUGAAACUCAGUGGGUGUGUGUGGUACCACAAUUAUGUGACUCGUGCUCAGACAUUGUGAGUGCCAUGCAGGGCACUUAGAAUAUUUGUGUGAGAGCAAUCAUAACAAUGGAGCCCCCAAAGUGCUGCUCAUGUAUGUCAACAUCUUCUGGGAUACCAUGCCCCCCAACCUCUCUUGUGCUAUCACUGAAUGAAAGCAGAAAGGAAUCACUUUGUCAGCAAGGUCUCCGAGAUCCAUAUAGAUGCCCAGGAGUUCCUCAUUCAGGUACGCAGUCAGGGAUUCCACCAAAGGCAGUAGUGUGACUAGUAUGCUCCAAGUAGGUAGGUCAGAUGCCUCAGAGAAGACUGAAAUGAUUACUAGGUAGACUGUAUUUUCAACAUGGAUAGGACCUGCAUCUUGGAUGCAGAUCCCAACUGCUGUUCAUAGAGUCAGAUAGUGAUUGAAGGGCAUAAUGGGAACAAAAGACCCCUAUCCCACCAUCGUGGAAAAAACAAAUUUGUCAGCUACAAAUUUUGUUUUCCAGUUAAUAAACAGCCAUCAUGAAAUAGUUUACAUGAAAGCACAGUAAAUCUUAUUUACUUUUUGUUAACUAUCCUUCCACAGACCCUAAGAUCUGUUCAAAAGGAUGAAACUAAAGAGAUGCUCCUUCUCCAGCUCAAUAACCAUGUCACUCAGAGUUCUUCACAGCCCCAGGAAGUUACAGUGGACCUCGUGUAUCAAGCUUGGUAAGUGGUCAAUGUGUAUCGUUCCAUAAAUAUGUUAUUCUGGUAAAACCAUGUGAUUUCAUUAUUUAACAUAGUUCAAGUAACAAGUUGUAAUUUUAGUAUCUGAGAUGUCAGACUAUGUAGGGAAUCAGUAGUAACAGAUAGUGUAGAUAUAGAGAGGCAGCUAUUCACACACAGCAGAAGAGAAGCUAUUGAAAUUAAAAUACUGAAUACUAAAAUACUUCUGGUGUUAGCCUUACAAGCUCACAGGAGUUAAAACCAAAGAUUGCAAAGGCUGACCCUUGGCCAAGUGGUACCUACACCUGGGUAUGGCUCUCUCCUCCCAUGCAACUCCUCUUUAAUUUCUCAAAUUUUCUCUCCUUUUUAAUUAUCCCUGUAUUCCAUGUAUCUUCCCUAUGGCUCUUUCUCCUCUCCCCAACCCUUGUCUCCUUUUACAAAUCUGUACAGCCACACUGUAUCACACGCACACUCUUUCUCCCACUGAAUCAAAAACACAAACAGUCACAUACACACAAUCAAAGAUGUUGUCAAAUGAAAAUAUAAAACGAUGUGAAGUCUUAAAAAAAAAAAAAAAAGUGUUGUGUGUAUGUACCACGUCACUAUGGGUAUUAUGUGUGAUACAUUAAAUGGAAUCUUAAGCUGUUCAUACCUCUAGUGCUAAUUAUCUCCUCUCUGUCCCGGUCUGUAAUUGACCUUUGCGUCUUAUUUCUUGUUCUACCCCUCACAAAAGAACUCUAAAUAUAAACUCAUUGAUUUUUCACAAUCAUUAUAUUUUUCCUUUGGAUAUUUUCCGUUUGGAAAACACCCGAACAAAAUACAUAUUGCAUGCAAGGUGUUGCCCAUGCUUGUUACAGCAUCCUUGAAAGUCCAUGUGUAGUGCGAUUGGAGUAUGCUUAAACUGAAAAGUGAUAAAAAAAAAAUGUUUACAUAGAUUCUACUACUUCUAAUAGAAUCAAGCCCAAUGUUUAUUUAUUUCAAACUUAUUUACUAUUUUAAUGUUGAGAUUCUAUGGUUCAAGAAUGCUAUCUUUCAAAUUAAUUGGAUGUUUUCUCAAAUCACAUUUAGUUAUACCUUAUUGCAGCUUACAGUUGUGGCGUAAAGGUAUUGAUGACAUGGUUGAACGUUCUCUGUUGCUGCGCAUGUUAAUGGAGAUGCCUGAAAAGGAUCUUGCUACAGAAUUUGCUGUGGAGGAAGCAGGUAACAGUUUGAAAGACUAAAUGUUAAGGUUUGUGGAUGCCUAUAAAUAAUACUAUAAUAUCUAGCUGUCAAUUUCACGUGAGUUUCUCUGACUCUAUUGCUCACAGUCUUUGUUUUUGAAACAUUCAGCUGUCUGUCUAUGUGUUCCUAUCUGUCAGUCAGUUACUAUUUAGCAUUGAAUUUAUUAUUCAGGCACACCGCUGGUAUUAACGCAUUGCCUACCAGAAUAAAUCAUUCAAUAGAAAAUAAUGGAUGUUAUUGUUUUAGCAUUCGAACAGAAAAACAUGAAAGGAAGCAAAGAAGAAAAGAAAGGAGGCAAAACAGGAUCACGGGAUAGAGCAGACGUAAGUUAUGCGUAAAUAAUAGAACUAAAACGUAAAAACAAAUAAAUCCAUUCAAAACAAAUAAAUCCAUUCAUCUGAUCAUUCUCUGCCAAUAAGCUAACCCUUUUACUGCUGUACUGGGAUUUGGGAUAGUGGGCAGGUAACUGUUGUUCUUUUGUUUUAUGUUGUGUAUUUGGGCUAAUUAAUACUAAGGCCAUUGCUGCCGCUCACGGGUACUGUGAGUUUGAGUACCAGUCCUAAUUGUUUGUGACCAUAUGUAGUUGAGAUUGUGAUACAUGAUUAGUGUAAGCAUCUAAAGCUGCUAAUGUAGGGCAGACAGCAACAGCUGCUACAAGCUAUCUACUAAACAGCUGGUACAGGAUGAACCUGGGCCACUGGAUCUGUGCGGGCCAGGAGUGUCUGCAGGGCCUGAAUAUUCCAUUCUAAGGUCCAAGUUAUUAAUCUUACUCUCACUAAUCACAAGAGUCUCUAUUUUAGCUGCAAGAUCUACAUUGGCUGUUUUGGACUGUAAAAACAUAGUGUGUUGAAUUAUUAUAUGCAGAUGUAGAAAAGCAAUAGAAAGGGAAUAUUGUCAAUACUUAGAGUGACAAGGCUUAGCAAAACAUACAUCCUAAAAGGUCAUGACUAAUACAUGAAAACAUGCAAUCAAAUAUCAGUGCAUAACUAACAAAGAUAGAGUUUUGUAAUAAGCUUUAGAAGUUGCAAUUAUGUUUCCAUCCACCAAGUGUUGCGUGUGUAACUGUGUCUGUGUGACUGUCUAUCUGACUGCCUGUGUGUGUGACUGUCUGCCUGCCUGUCUGUGUGUCUGCCUGCCUGUGUAUGUGUCUUUGACUGCCUGCCUGUGUGUGUGUGUGACUGCCUGUCUGUGUGUGUGACUGUGUGUGUGUGACUGUCUGACUGUGUGUGAUUUCAGUUGUUUCAUUGUAGUUGUGUCAUUGUGUGUGCCUGUAUGUGUGACUUCCUUUAACUGAGAGUGUGUGUGUGUGUGCGCGCGCAUGCCUGUAACCGAGUGUGUAUGAGUGUCUGCUUGUAAUGGAGUAUGUGUGAUUGUCUGCUUGUGACUGUGUGCCUGUAACUGUUUGUGAUUGUGUGCCUGUAACUGUGUGUGACUGUCUGCUUUUAACGGUGUUUGGCUCCCUGACUGUCUGCCUGUACCUGUGUGUGUGACUGUUUGCCUGUAACUGAGCGUGUCUGACUGUCUGCUUGUAACUGUUUGUGUGACUGUCUGCUUGUGUGUGUGACUGUAUAUAGGCAACUUGGUGGGGAGGCGCUGUGAAGACUUUUCGCACAGGGCGCCUAAUUGGCCGGCCCUGGAUAGGACCAAGAAAUUACACUGCCACUGAAAUGGGGGGUGUGAAGAAAUUGAAGAAUGAGAGCAUGAUCAACAUUGUCAAAGGUAGCAGAGAGGUCUAGAAGAAUUAUUACGGAGUAGUGGCCUUUGGAUUUAGCCGUCAUUAUAUUGUUAGUUGCUUUAGCCAGAGUAGUCUCAUAGAAUUGACUUCCCAUGAAGAUUCCUUGGGCUAAAAUUACAUGGUAGUGGUAAAACAUAGUCAGUGCCGGAACUUUGUUUUAAAGAAAUAGAAUAAACUAAACAUAAUUCUUGGUCGUCAGGAUAGGAUCUUGACAAUUGGUCUAACCUUGAUCUUCUGUGUUUAUGAACAGGGAAGGCAGGAGAAGAAGCCAUCCACAAUAUAAAUACAAAUACAGAGAUACAACUUUGGAAAAUUAACUUGUAUAUAGUAAAAUAAAAGAUAAAAGAAAACGCGCAAAAUACCUAGAAAACCAUCGAAAAACUUUGAAGCAUAACAUUUCCAUAGGGGAUGCUGGCGCUAUCAUAUUGGAUUGUCUUAACCGCUAGCCUGGCAAAGAGAAUACAGCCCUACAAGACACAGAACACACAUUAUAGCAAGAAACCUCUUACAGCAAGGAAACGUCCCUGCACAAAACGCCACAAACUCUUCUCCAAAAUAUGUUCUCCCACAUAUUCCCUGCACUGAACUGUGGCAUUUAUAGGAUCUUAAGCAAAGCUACUCUAUGCUGCAGCUAACUCAAUGGAGUUAAGUUGGAUACAUCCAAUGAAGCAGUCUCUUAAGACUAUUAACACUCAACACUAGAGACUGGUUUACUGGUUCCAUCAGGAGAGAGAGAGGCGCUGGAUCCCCGUAGUAGUAUCAUGAUAGGCAUGGUAGAGGAGAACCAAAUAAAAUGUAUAUUGAGGGGUUUAACACUAUCCCUGUCCGUUAGCUAGGACAGGAAAAAAAGAUGUGGCAGCUCAGGCUGUUAAAUAUUUAAUUAAUUAUAAUUUCACAGAAAUUUAAACUCAGACAAAAGAUAUGCUGAUGCAAAGAAGGCACUACUUUGUCCCAGUAUAUUUCCUAUGCCUGGCACUUCUAGACACUGGGCAGAGCUACCACCAUUUAAAAGUGUCAAUCUCCCAGCCAUCUUCAGUGAUGGCUGCUGAGAUAUUAGCUGUAUCUAUAGGGGAUCCCGCGGUAUUGCAGGAUCCUCCCUAGACCUCAAUGCUACAUUCUCGUAAAUGCGCAAGAGUACAGCAGUGAUGUUGGUUCCUGGCAUUUCAACCUCAGACAAGGACCGGCCUGGAAGAAGAUGGUGCACACGAGGGACAAGUUCAGCUAAGUAAAUUUCACGUGUCCCUAGACCACUUUCAGACACCGGACCACCAGCAGCAAUAUCACCAUCAGGGGUCUUUGCAAAUUAUGCAAAGUCCCCAGACGGUGACAGUAGCACUUUAAGUCACUUGCUUAACACAUGCUGGGCAGUAUCAAUGUGAAUAGCAUCGGUGCUUUGGCAUAGGUACACAGAGCAUAAAGAGAAUUGCAAUAAUAAACGGAAAUUAUAUAUUAUAUUAUUAUAUAUAAUACCACGGAAAUUAUAUUUAAAUCCCAAAUUAUAUUUUGAUUCUCACGUUAUUACACCUAUAAUUUAAGUAUGCCUUUAAACAACCACACAUGCUAAAAAAGCUUUGGACGUUUUUUGUAACAUACCCCCUUGCACACUGUCUUAAAGCAGUUAUCAUAGCUGUUGUAGACAUAACUUUUUAUUGUUAUUUAUAUUUUCUUAAAGCUGAUCUAUUCCAUCCCAAAGUUUAGUUGGGUUUACAUGUGUUUUUGCAAGUGUAUAAUUUGUAGCUAAGACAAAGAAACAUAGAAUGUGACAGCAGAUAAGAACCAUUCGGCCCUUCGAGUCUGCCCAAUUUUCUAAAUGCUUUCAUUACUCCCUGGCCUUAUCUUAUAGUUAGGAUAGCCUUAUGCCUAUCCCAUGCAUGCUUAAACUCCCUCACUGUGUUAACCUCUACCACUUCAGCUGGAAGGCUAUUGCAUGUAUCCACUACCCUCUCAGUAAAGUAAAGACGGCUAAUGGGGAAAUAAUAUUUCAUCAGUUUAGCUCUGCUGAGUAACUGAAAAAAUAUUGCUGAUAACAUAUAAAGUAAGCAAAAUAUACAAUGUGUUGCAGUAAUGUAUUACUUUCAAGAAUUAUAUUGAACAGAAAGUAACUAAAAAAUUGCUAUAAGUACUUGUGUGAUAAUCCAUUUUGUGGAUCCAUUUUGUGCUAAUUGGCUGAAAACCUUAGCUCUUCUUGUUAUGGAAACUUUACUUUUUCUAUCCUAUGUUAGGAACCAUCGAACAACCGAAAAGGAAAAGGCAAAGAAGAAAAAAAAUCUAUGAAGCCACUAGGCAUUUCUCAAGAGAACGAUCUUUCUAUGUCAUCAGGAGAAAAUUUAGAUCUUAUGUCCCCAGCCUCACAAUCCCUCCAAGUCGAUCCAGCAGUGAAAGAAAAAUAUUAUGAGGGUUUGCAUACUGAGGUAUGUCUAAUGCCACUUGUCUCAAACUGGACACAAAGAACGAUAUCAAAUAUAGAAUGUUAUUAAUAAAUCAAUUGAGGAACUGACUUUUUUUUUUAAAUCACUACAAAUUGGUACCUAUUAUAAACAGCUAAGUGCAGUUAAAUAAUACUCCACAAACAAAAUUAUUGUACUUAAACAGGAACAAAUCAAUAUGACAAGAUCAAUAUCACAAAACAUGUGAAAUGAUACUUAGAACAUUAUCGGAAUACUAUAUUGCUAGGAAUACAAACAUGUUUUCCUAACUCUAUAGCUCCCUCUGCCUUCCCCCUCCUUCGUGGCCCCCGGCCAAUAAAAGGUUAAAAAGUCUCUAUUUAACCAAUCCCAUCGCCGAUUUCCCUUGGCUCUCUGCCUCCUCCAACAUCAUCCGAUGGGGGAAUCUCAUGCGCAUACACUGCAAGCGUAUUAGGCCCUCUUCUUAGGAAAGCAUUGAAUCAAUGCUUUCCUAUGGGGAUUUAACUGACACUGGAUAUCCUCAUGCAGAGCGACAGUUAGGCGACCAAACGUUGCCUAGCAAGCAGGAAGUGAUCCUAGUGGCUGUCUUAGUGCUGCAAUGUAGGGACACUGCACCCAGACCACUUCAAUGAGCUGAAGUGGUUUGGAUAGCUAUUGUGUCUCUUUAAAAGUUAGCAAAGAUGAGCAAAGCCUUUUAAUAAAUCGAAGAAAAAAAAGUUUCAUUGUGGGAGGAAUUGUGUUGAAAUCACAAGUGCAAGAGAUUUAAACUUUUAGACCAAAAUAGCUAACCUAGAUUCUUUUGAAACUCCUCUAUAAAACAAAUAUAUAUUUCCAGUGAAUUCAGUUCAGCUGAAAACUGAUCAAUGCCACAGGUUACUGAAAGCUUAAUACAAUUAGAAAAACAGUCAUGUGGCUUAUUCAAUACUGUUUGAAAUGGAGAGCAAAAAACGGGUCGCAAGAGUAUUCUGAGAACGGACAGCAGCUAAAAUAGCCUGCCCUUCGGUGGAUCCCCGCUCAGAACUCAAGCUGGUUUUAGCUCAUCUUGUGCCAUUACAGAGAGAACAUAUCUGAAGCAUAUCAGACUGGUCCCACCCAUACGGGCAGUCCAGAUCCGAAAUGCCAGCAAGUUCUCUCUACACAAGAGAUACAGCAAUCCCAGACGAUCAUUUCAGCCUUGUUAGGCAUCAUCAGUGAGGCAUAGCUGAUAUCUCUCUAGGCACCGUGAGCAAGGGGUCCACGUCUGGAUUACCCUUUAAACUAAUGGAGAGCAAAAAACGGGUCGCAAGAGUAUUCUGAGAACAGACAGCAGCUAAAAUAGCCUGCCCUUCGCUGGAUCCCCGCUCAGAACUCAAGCUGGUUUUAGCUCAUCUUGUGCCAUUACAGAGAGAACAUAUCUGAAGCAUAUCAGACUGGUCCCACCCAUACAGGCAGUCCAGAUCCGAAAUGCCAGCAAGUUUUCUGUGCACGAGAGAUACAGCAACCCCAGACGAUCGUUUCAGCCUUGUUAGGCAUCAUCAGUGAGGCAUAGCUGAUAUCUCUCUAGGCACCGUGCCCUCCACUCGUUAGCCCCCCCUCCCCUCCACUCUUUAGUCCCCCUCCACUCUAUAGCCCCCAUCCCCUCUUCAGCCCCCCCCCUGCCCACUAAUCAUUAGCUCCCCUGCCCUUCACUCUUUAGCCCCCCUCCCCUUGACUCUUCAGCCCCCCUGCCCUCCAAUCUUUAGCCCUUCCAAUCUUUAGUCCCACGGUACUCCAACCUUUAGCCCCCAUGUCUUCCUGCCCUUUAAUCUUUAUCCCUCCUCCCCUAUGCCUGCUCAGUCCGCAUCAGAGGAGCCUCUGUUACCCUUACCAAGUCCGACAGGAAGCAGUUCUGUGUCCUGUCAGACUGGGUAGGGGAACAGAGAUUCCUCUACCGCCGUCUGCCUGCUUGGUCACGCUAUAUUUUGUGACCGGCAGGAGGGGGCGCUGCGUAGUGCAGUCACCAGGAGAUUGCCCCACCCCCCGGGGCACCACCCUAAUGAGUGGCAUCAAGGGCAACCCCCACUUAGUGCGCCACUGCUUAAACUGGCUUUCAGCCUGUAGGCUAGCCCUGCACUCUAGAGCUUAGUACAGGAGAGCUAAGCGAAGCCUCCUGCUUAGGAACUUCUGUCUCCAUCGAUAGUAGUGAAGGCAGGGAGAAUAGCCUGGCAGAACCCUGCCUCUGUUGUUUUAAAACUUACUUACAAUGGGACUGAUAAACAGAUAUACUAUUAGAAAAUCAAAGCUUUGUGAUUUAGUGAUUUAUUAAAACAUAGCAUCUAUUAAAAAGUGUAAAAUAUCACUGUAGAAUCAAAAUAUUCUAAUUCAAAUGUUCUACUAAUAUCACCUCCCCUGGUUUUUAAUUUCACUAUCUGAAUACCCUGUGGAGAUAAUUAAUGGUAUCUCCAAAUACAGUACCUCAGGGGAUGGACAAAAAUUUGUAGUACCCAUAUUGGAUUGAAUAUCAAACGUUGAAAAUAUCAUAUGUUGAAAAUAUCGAAUGAGAUGAUUUAAUUCUAUUUAUCUGGCACAUAUAUCCUGAUAAAUGGCCUCAUCGGAUUCCUGAACUAAAAGUUGUUGCUAAUUUUUGGUUGUUGAUGCUAUUUGCCUGCUGACUGCAGGCUGCACUAGCCAGUUUCAAGCAGCGUACCUGUUUAUCAAGUUUGUCUGCUUGAUGUUCAACUAGCAUUAAAUCGAUAAAUAAAUCGUCACACCAGAUUUAGUGUGAAGAUACAGGUUGUCCACAAAUGUUUAGCAACAAAUUCGAAGCCCAUUACUGUUAAUAGCUCAGUGUAGGAGAUACCACAGCACAGCAAGUUUACGCUGAGCUUUCUGACCUCUACUUUGAUACCUGUUCCCUACUGUGCCAAUACACUUUGACUUUUAUAAUUAAACAACAAUUAAUAAAGGAAAAAAUAAAUUCUAAACUUUUCUUACGGCCUUCGUCAAACAUACCGGAACGGAGUAAAUUAAUUUGAGCACGAUUGAACGACUUCUUAUGUUGAAGAGUUAAAUACGACAAGAUAUGCCUUAUGUAGUAUUUUUGUAUUAGGGUUGUUAACACCUGUAUUGAUGUCAUUCCUUUCUUGUACCACCAAAAAUGAAUGAGAAAAUAAAGAUUGUAAAAAAUAAAUAAAUUGAAAAACUUUGAUAAUUAUCUAAUGUUUUUGCCGAUAGGAUUCAAUGGAGAACCAAUUAGUCAGAACCAAUUCCAUAUAAUACAAGGUGACAUUACAGUUUGUUAGGGUCAUUCAGCUUAUACUGAUUGACAUCGAUAUAUUAAAUCAUUAUAAUCCAACUGAAAAUUAAUUUCAAAACAUGCACAUGGAGUUGACAAGAUAAUGGAAAUGCAACAUAAAAAAGUUUAACUUUGGACUUGGUCAUAAUUCUGUAUGCACCUGGUUUAAUACUAAUACGUUGAUGUGUCUGCUGUUUUACAUUUCUAAAUACAAACAUAUUGUGCUAAACUUGGCAUCCAUCUCUGAUGGAUACGGUAUUCAGUCCCAAUAUAAAAAAAAAAACAGCAUGAAAAAGAACACUAUUCCAAAUCCCAUUAAAUGGUUAAAUAACAGAUGCUAUUAGUAUCACCAGGCAGCCAUAAAGUGUAGGUUCACCUGCCGACAUGAAACCAUGACUCUUAAGUGAAUCCUUCACGGAUGUUAAGUUAAAACUUUACACACUUAGCCUGACUUGUAAACUCCAGCUUUUAGCACAUUGAUAUGGGCUUUUAUGAUACUUAAUGAUGUUGGGAAAGUGUUCAUUUUCCUACUGAACCACAAUAUCAGAUUUAGCUUUUGAAUGUGAAUCAAAUGUAAAAGUCUAGUGUAACAUUACAUUGAGAAUUUAAUUAUGAUUUAGCAACAAACACAUAAGUUAUAAAUUCUAUAUGUGCACGUGUGCUCUGUGUGAAUACCAUCUGAAUAAAAAGAACAAUAGACUCUAGCCUUAUCCAAAAUCAGAACAUUUGGCAGUAUUGGUAUCUACAUAUUGCAAUGCUCAAACAUUUGCAGACUGGAAAAUAUCCUGACUGCUGUAAUGCAUGUGCAAAUAUUUUUAUAAUCAAAGAGACUUUCCAGACAUGCAUCAUGACUUUUGCUCCACUGAGCUAAACAAACCAGAAGCAACAGGACCAGUUGUUUCUUGGACAGCCUGGAGCAUGUUCAAGGUUAAUUUAUGCCUCGUUUCCACUGAGCGGAUCGAUUCGGGUUGGUACAGUUUGGAAGGUUUAGAAUGGACCAGCCCAUUCUGGUGACCGUUUCCACUGCAAGUCAGAUCUUUCAGGGCCAUGCGGGGUUUAGAAAAAAUGCUCUUCCUGUCCACCAAUCAAUGGACUGUAUAGUAUCUCCGCCCUAACCGAACAGUUCCAUUUCCUAUGGCCCUACAUCUGAAGCAGGACCCUGAAUGGAUCGGUACGGCUUGCUUGUAUGGACUACUUUCAUAAUGGAAACACCCAAAAUAGCAAACCGUACCGAACCGAUCCGCUCAGUGGAAACGAGGCAUAAUAGAAGUGACAAUUUUUAUCGAAAUCGGCACCUUUUUAACAUGAAAGGCUGAAGUGUUUUAGAUGUCUGUAGUGUCCUUUUAAAUGCAUGCAUCUUUUCAAUGGGUUAUAUUUACGGAAGAGUGAUUUUUAUGUAUUUAUUUUUUGGCCAGUGACUCUUUUAUCUCCACAGUUUAGGCACACCAUUUAUUAUUGUUACAUUUUAUGUAUAACAGUAUUUAGUGUGUUAUAAUUAUUUGCACAUUCUCUAUUAUGACUAAAAUAUAUUUAUACUAUUAAACUUUAUUUGUUACAGGUUUAUGGAAUCUUGCUUUCCCUGGUGCAGGAUAUGGUGAUUAUUGCCGAGAGUUUAACUCCCAGGCGUUCUGUGAUGGAACACGAGUUUAUGGAUCAAACAUUGUGA